CGGGGCCCAGUCUUCGAGAAACAUGCGAAUUUGAGAUCGCGUCGUGCGCGUUUUCUUUACCGGUUCCACUUUCUCGGGCUUUAAAAUGAAGUUGUGACGGUGAUCGGAGACUUAUUCCGUGCGCGGGAUGUCAAGGCAAAACGCGGGAGCAGGCCAAGGACCGGGGGGGUCCAGGGGCAGGACCCCCGGUUCAAUAUCCCCAGCCCCCUUCUCGCCCGUCUACAACUACCCCCAGUCCCCGACCCCCUUCAGGCCCGUCUAUAUCCCUUCGCCGCCCCCGAUCAUGUCACCAUCCAGACGGAGCUCCUCUCCUUUCCCUAAGCGACCCCUCCCGUACAUCCCCUGUCCACGACCGGUCUGGCCGGCGCCCCACCCCUCCAACUCCCAAUAUCAACCCCCUCAGUACCCCCAGCCAGCGCUCAUCCCAGCCGGCCGCAGCACUUCACCAACCUUGGGGCCGGAACCGGAGUACUGCUACGCGGCGUACCCGACGGGGGUGGCGCCCCCCGCGGGGGGUAUGGCGGCUGUUCGGCUGGAGCCCCCGGGGCCUCUGAACCCCAAUCUCGCCGAACCCGACGAUGUCUCCACCGCGGAGAUCAUCGCGAGCCAAUCGCAGGAUUACGUCGACGAAAAACUCGCCGAAUACCAAGCCACCAUUUGCCUCCUUCAAGAUGAGCAAGAACGAGUUCAGAAAAAAACUUUCGUCAACUGGAUCAAUUCCUAUCUAUCAAAGAGAACACCGCCAUUGAGGAUAGAUGACUUGAUAAAUGAUUUAAAAGACGGGACCAAACUUCUGGCGUUACUCGAAGUUCUAUCCGGUGAAAAACUGCCCACAGAGAAAGGACGUAACCUUAGGAGACCUCAAUUUUUAAGUAAUGCCCAUACAGCACUCGAGUUUCUCAAAAGUAAAAAGAUUAAAUUAGUUAACAUAAAUGCAACUGACCUCGUCGAUGGACGGCCUGCCAUAAUUUUAGGACUUAUCUGGACAAUUAUCUUGUACUUCCAAAUUGAAGAAAAUACAAAAGCUCUUCAAUUGCUCAAUACUAGAACAAGUAGCAUCGAUAGCUUAUCUUCCAUAGAUUACUCAUCCGAGUCUUCCCGCAAGUCUGGUCUUGGGGCACGUAAAGCUCUCUUAAAAUGGGUUACCGAUGUACUGCCCAAGGAUCUCAACUUAGACGUUCGAGAUUUUGGACCAAGUUGGAGAGAUGGAUUUGCAUUUCUACACAUGAUUAACACAAUUCAGACUAACCUAGUGGAUUUAACAACUCUAACGCGAUCAUCAAAUUUGUCAAGACUGGAAACUGCUUUCAGCGUUGCUGAACAAGAUUUAGGAAUCCAUAGACUUCUCGACCCUGAGGAUGUUGAUGUGGAUAGACCGGAUGAAAAAUCGGUCAUGACGUAUGUUGCUCAAUUUUUGCACAAGUACCCAGCCUUGAAGAAUGAGUCGGGAGAGUCAUUGUCUUUUAUCCAAGCUGAGUAUAAUGAUCUCGUUCAGUGGCUGUUGGAGCGAACUCAGUACCUUCAACAUCUCCGUGAAAGUAAUUCAGUCCCUGGGGAUUAUCCAGAGCUGUCUGAAUUUGAAAAUGAAAUUUUUAGGAAAGAAGUAACUAUGAACAAAUUGAAAAAUUUAGUCAACUCUGAAGGAAGUAUUAGCAUAACGCCUGAUUCUUGGCUUCGGGUACAACAGCUGCAUCGACUUCUAAUUUCUCAGGUACGAUUUUGGAGGUAUAUCUUGGAUUCACAUUUACCACCGCCUUUGAACACAAUCGGAGCAUGGCUGUAUCAUGCUGAAGAGUUGAUUGAUUCUGAUGACAUUCCAGCCCAAAUGAAUGAACAAACAGCUUCAAUUAUUAGUCGCAAACUAGAAGAACACAAGAAAUUUUUUGAAGACCUUCCUGCAAGAAAAAGUGAGUUGGAAGCUGCCUUGCAGUCUCCUGUGAUACUGAGCCAAGUGUCAGAACAGCAAUUAAGUCAUUUUGUCACUCGUUUAUCGAAUGUAUCUGUACUGGCUGCACAAAGAAGAAUUCGUUUGAAGUAUUUAGAACACAAGUGCUGCCUAGUAGCAUUCUUAAACUUAGCAGAGAAUAAGUUACGAGCGUGGACUGUCAAGUAUGGGCGGGAGGAGCAUGUUGAACAGCUGUUGGAUCAGUACACAAAUUUUGUGUCCCGCAAUAAAAUUUUUCAGGAGUUCAACAAGGCGUACAUUGACAUGCAGCAUGUUAUAGAAGAAUACAAGCAAGAAUGCAAUAUUGAUGCUCAAGAAAGAUUAAGUGCUGACAGAUUUAUAGAAGAAAUUGGAGAGCGAUGGAGGAGUAUAUCAAUAGAACUUCGAUGUGUGCAAAGUAUGCUAGAAGAACUAGUCCUCAAUUGGAAACGUUGGCACAGUUUGAAAUCUCAACUUGAAUCCUGGCUAAAUAAUGCCAAAGUCAAAUUAGGUCAAUCUGAAGAUGAUCGUUUAGAAUUUUUCCAGGAUAUUAGUGUAUGGAAGGAAAAGUAUCAGCAGCUUGAAGAGACCGCUAAUUUCCUCACAGCUACUUGUGAAAGCAGUGUAGCCUCAGAAGUCAAAGACCAAUUCCAGUCAAUCAGUUUGCAAUGGGACAGCAUUUUCCCGCAUGUGAAACAGUACAUGCACUCAGGUGAUAUACUCAGGAACCGUAAAUCCUAUCGCGCUGGAGUUGAAAAGUUGCAGUCUUGGAUGCGGCAUGCUGAAGAUGUUUUAUCCUCUCCCAAUCUUACGUCAGCUGAUAGUAUUAAACAGUAUGGACAGCAACUACAAGAGUUGCAGUUGCAAGUGGAGGAUAUAGAAGAACUUUUUAAAUCAAUAAGUAAAUCUUUUCAAGGUUUGAUCCAAGAUCUAUCUCGAGAAGAAGUGGACCAUAUGAUGGACACUCUAAAAAAAGAAAAAGAAAGUCUAGUCAGAAUCCGUGCGUUGUUACCCAUACAAUUGCACGCAUUCCAUCAGAUUACAGUGCAAAAUGAAUCACUAGAAGCUGGUCAUGCAGAAAUAAGUCAGUGGUUACAAAAGGCCGAGGAGUUCCUUUCCACAAUGACCCCUCCGAAAAGUAAGGAUGAAGCCCAAUCUCAAUUGGAGAGACAUAAAGCUUUCUUUGCAAGGACGCUUUACUAUCAGUCGAUGUUGAAUAGCAAGAACAAAAUGCUUCAAACAAUCAUGCAACAAAACGAAAAUGUCAAGACUCAAGAUGUGCUGGAGAGAAUGACAGGGUUGAACACACGAUUUCAAGAUGUCACACAACAAGCGCAGAGUGUUCAAAUUAAACUCCAAGAUUUAAUCCGGAGUUGGCACAAUUUUGGUGAAGUCACUUAUGUAAUUAAGGAAUGGUUCAAAACCGCCAAAAAACUGAUGGACGAUAAGUCUGUAGAAUCUCAGGAAGCUGUAGAAAUGCACAAGAAAUUUUUCCAGCACAUCAAUGAAGAUUGGAUGCGUGAUUUAAUUAGUAUAUCCCAAGACCUGAAAGCAUCAUUACCGGAAGAAGAACAUGAACUCAUCUCAAACCAAGUAGAGACCCUUACAUCAAAAUGGAAGGAAGUUUUGACAGCAGUUCCUCAGCAUAUAAUGCGCCUUGAGUUUAGGUUAGAUGAAGCAGCUUUUAGUCAGCUUAUGAAAGAAAUGGACAAAGAAUUAAAUUAUGAAUUACAAGCACUUAACAGAAAUGAACACCCUGAAACUCUAUUAAACAGGAACAAGCAAAUGUUUAUGAAUGAACAAAGGAUUAAUCAAGUAAAUCAGUAUUUAAUGGACAUGGGAAAAAUAAGUGCAGCUUAUGUUAGUCAUGGAGGAGAUUCCUCAUUGACAGACGCUUUCAAUCAAGCAACCAAUCAGUGGGAAGAAACUCAACAGAAAGCCGAAGCUGUACGUCUUCAGUUGCAAAAUGUUCCUGAUUUAUGGUCUACUUAUCAUCUCAAAUUCAACGAAAUGACUAGCUGGAUGGAUGCGGUGGAUGCUAGUAUCAGAAAUAUUUUGAAAGAACUAUCUACCGCUGAAGAAUUUGAAAAAGAAAAAGCCAUCUUCCAGAAUAUUUGUCAAGAUGUCAACAGCAAAAGAGAUGAAAUGAAAUGGUUAGUGCAAACGCUAGACUCACUAUGUCCCCAUCAAACACACGAGUGUGAUGCAGAGCAACAAAAAUUAGAGGAUUUAAUAGCCAGGUAUAAAUCAUUAAUUCCGUCCAUCGAAAUGACUGUGACUAAAACAGAAUUCUACACAAAAUGUUACUCGUAUCGGAGGGAGGUCAAAGAGGUUUGUAAUCUCUUGGGCAAAGUACGCGAUAGCUCAAUUCCAAGGCCGGAGACUCUGGAAUCUAUUGAGGCAUUGAUGAAACAGCAAGAGGCCAUUGUUGUUCAACUGAACAAACAAAGAAGUAACAUUGUUAGCAUGCUGCAGCGGGGACGACUUCUAGCCAAAACCUCCGAUGGACCCACAUUUGUCGAAAAGGAUGUCAUGGAGCUUGAGGCUGAAUGGGAGAAGGCAUUUACAGGCACAAUGGAAAAAUUAGAGCAACUCAAAGGAACACACUCACUGUGGGUUAAUUAUCAGGACCUGAAAGAUGAGAUAAUGAAAUUGUUACAAAAUGCUGAACAGGAGUUAAAGUACGUGCCGAAGGGUGAUUCCAAAGAUAUCAAUGAAGAGUUACGUUCAAAGCAGGAGCUUAGCAAAGCUCUACGGCGAGCAGCUGAAGAGUUACUGACACGGCUGAAAGAACUCAGUUCCGAUUUGAUUGCAGUCACUGCUCCUGAGCGAAAACCUCUGAUCAUCAAAGAGGUGACUGAAGUUGAAGAAAAGAUGAAAAAAGCGCAAAAGCAGGCAGAUGAUUCACUGAAAAAGUUAGAGAAAAAAUCUUUGGUCCAUGAGAAGUUUGAGCCAGAACUAAAGGCUCUGAAACAGUGGACGCUUGAAACUGCUCCAACAGCUUUGAAUCAAAUACAGUCAAGUGCUAUUCCAGUUCGCAAGAAACUGGGAAUGAUUGAUGCACUCCAUGCUCAAAUUGCGGAAAAACUAUCCGCAGUUGAUGUACUCCUCUCAGAGGCUCAACAAGUGCCUCAAGGUGAAAGUCUCAUCUCGGAACUAAAAUCUCUGAAAGGCAGGCUUUUAGAACUAGAUGAACUGAUCCUAUCCCAGCAGUGUAUUGCAGAAAAACAUCAAGAAAUUUCGCAGCACUAUCAGAAGGGAUUCAGUGUAUUGAAAGCCUGGCUGGAUGAGGUUGAAUUAGCUCUGAAAACUGGUUGGACUAAACCGACAGAGCUUGCGGAAGCAGUAGCACAGUUUGAUAGUAUCAAAACUUUAGUGGAAGAAUGCAAAAUCAAAGCAAAUGAAUUAGAUUCGCUACACGCAAUCAGCAAAGGAACAGAAGAAGGAGUAAAAGAGAAUGAAAUGGACAGUCUUAGCUCUCGCCUUUCUACUGUUGAAUCAGAAAUUUUUGACAGGUCUAAUAAACUAAACCUCCUCACCGCCAAGUGGGAAUCUGUGACUUCAAGUUUAAAUAAAAUUGAGCAAAAAUUGAAAAAUCCUCAAACUAUUAAAUCUAUCGAAACACCAAUUGACCUGAGCAAGCCCCAAUCAGAACUCGAACAGCAUCUGAUUGAACUGAAGGCCAUAAAUCAAUUACUGACCGAAGCUCAGAGUGAGUUAUCUGGCAUAAUUCCUGCUGUCGAUGAAAUUUGUAUUGCUGUAUCUAAUGAAGGAGGAGCGAAAUUAAAAUCAAAGGUUUUGGAGCUGAAAAAGUUGUCCAGCCAAUCAGUUCAGUCUGUUAGACAAAAGGGUCUUCAGAUAUCAGAAGCAAUUGAAAAUAGGCAAGAUUUCCAGAAUCAAAUGCAGGCUUUUGUUGAAUGGAUCAAUGGUAUUGAAAUGAAAGCGGAACUCACCAAUGGAAUAGCUGUUGCAGACGUAGAUAAAGCUUUGAGUAAUGUACACAAUUUACUUCAAGAUCAUAGUGAAAAGCUUCCUCAGUUCGAGAUCAUCAAAACUCAAAUGAAAGCAGCAAUCCAAACAUCUCCAGACAGUGGCACAUUGAAUGAGACCUUAGAAUUCCUAUGCAGCAAAAACAAGAGUUUGGAAGAGAGCCUGCAAAAGAAGCGACAAGCUCUUGAAAAAUGGAUUGAAUUAUUGAAUUGGAUAUCAGAAACGAAUCAGCACAUUGAACACGUAGCUCAUGAGUUCCAGGCUGGAAAACCUGCCAAUGAAAUCGAAACUGAGCUAAGUAAACUUGUCUCGGAAGUAAAUAGUUGGAAACCCAUCAGCGUAGCUACUGAUGAAAUCUGUACCACUAGCGGAGUUUCAAUUCAGGGAAAAUCAGCCGUCGCUGAGUGGGGUGAAAUCAAAAAGAAAAUUGAUCAACUCAGAUCACAACUCAAUGAGAAACAAAAGCAUGCUGAGCAACUGUCAGCUGAGUGGAAUCGUUUCCAAGAAUUGCAACAAGAAGUGUCCAAUAAUUUGUUAUCAACUCAAGGUCAGCUUCAACAAAUUAUCUUAUCGGCCAACAGUUGCGAAGUUUUGAGCCAAACAGUCAAAGCCAUUCAAAGACUAUGGGAAGCUCAUGUCUCAACUCAAGCGAAUAAAGAGAAUUUGCACCGCGAAGGAGACUUAUUAAUGAAACAAGAUAGUGACAAUGCUGCAACAGUUCAAAAUAUAUUGACAUCCAUCGACUUAAACUGGGAGAAAGUCAAUGACUCCUUAAAACUCCACAAAGAAAAGUAUGCUGAGAUCAACUUGCAAUGGAAAAACUAUUACCACUCACGUGAUAAGCUGAAAUCAUCAAUCUCUGACGGUCAAAAAGAGUAUGAAACACCUAAUGAUGAGACUGAGGCCAUCUUGUGUGCUAAGGAAUUGAAGAAAAAUUUGGAUAAAUUGAAAAAAUCCAAAAGUUUAUUAAACACUAUGAAUGAUGCAGGACAAUCUAUCUCAAAACUCUCUAAAGGCCUGGAAAGUUUUAAUGCAGGCCAAAUUGAAAGUGAAGUAAGAGACUUGGAGAAAGCUCACAAAGAUUUGACCCAAAACUUAAACGGAAAACUACAGAAUAUGGAGUCUCAGCUCGUUUUAUGGAAGCAAAUAGAUGAAAAUAAAAAUGAUAUACUCCUUUGGUUGAGUGACGUAAAAGCUGCUUUGACAGAUGUCCUGAAUAACUCAAACGAUUCCGAGAAGCGUUUGCGCAAAUUGAAUACUUAUAAAGAACAGCUACCCUCUCACUUGAAAUUGAAAGCAAAUAUUGAGUCUAAGUCUGCCCAGUUGCAGCAGAUAAAUAAUGGUGUGAAAAUCCCAACCUUAGAUUCAUUGCAGACUCUACUAGAAGAGGGAUUCCGUGAUGUGAAGAAAAUCGCUGAGAAACUAGAGUCUGUUUCAAACGAUGUUCUCAAACAUGAAAACGCUAUCAAAAAUAAAGUAAAAGCCUUAAAUGAUAAGCUAGCUCCUUUAAAAGAUAGAAUUUUGCAAUGUGAUGAUCUAUCUGGUGAGAACAUUGCUGUUUCAGAAAGGUUGAAAACCUGUCAGAAUCUCAAAAAGGAACUUGUCGAUUUUAAUAUCAGUAUCGCAGAUAUCAACAAAUCCAUAAAUGAAAUCAAUUCAGAAUUCCCUUGGUUCUCAGAUUCUGCCGCAGCAAAGGAAAUGAACUCAGUGAGCAGACGGUAUGAAAAUAUUGUAUCAAAUGCCAACAACAUUGAAACUAAAUUGAUGAACUUUUUCAUGAAAUAUUUCCAAGAUAAGCUUGCUGAAUUUGACCAUGAUCUCGUCACCCUCAAUGAGAAAUUGAACUGGUGCGCACCAGAAGCAAAUGUAGAUGAAUACAGUCUCAAAGCAAAACUAUCCACAAUUGCUGAUAUUGAGACUGGAGUCACGAACUUACAGGAGAAGAAAAAAGCUAUCGAGGAGUGCCUUGAGCUUUUAAAAGACAUUGACAACAAGGCAAUCAAAGUUGAACCCUUCAUUGUACAAAUGACUAAAUCAACCAAAGAUCUUGAUGAACUGAGUGGGAAACUUGCUAAUCUGAAAGAUAUGCUGAAGUCUAAUGUUGGUCUUCGAUCCAAGUACAAGAAGUCUUGUGAAGCAUUUGCAACCUGGUUGAAAGAAGUUGAAGAACAAAUUCGUGUUCUAACGUCAAAUCAAAUUGAUCUCGCCAGCAUAGAUGCCAAAAGUAGUGAACUUGAGGCCUUGAAAGGUGCUUUCUCCAAAAAAGAGCCCGUCAUUGUUGAAAUUCAAGCGCAGGCCAGUGAAAUUGCUAAGGAUAAUGCGGAUGCAAGAGUCACCCAUCAAGCUGAUCAGCUAAAUAACCGUUUUAGAACAGCCAACACGAGUAGAGAGGCAUUCGUUGAUAAGCUUAAAGCUUUAAAUAAUAACUAUAAUGAUUAUGUCAACAUCAUCAAAAGUUGCCAGGAUUGGGUACAAAAAGCAAAUGCAGCACUGAUAAAGCUUGACAGUGAAGCAAAACCUGGUACUGUAACCAAAAGCAACUACUCUGAAAAAUUAAAUGAAAUUAAAAAGUUUUCAGACGAUCGUGAAGCAGGCCUAGCAUUGCUCAAUCAAGCAACUGAAAAAGGAGAACUUUUGUUUGCUGACAUAAGUCCAAAAGACAGAGAUGAUAUUAGGAAUCAAUUGAAAGCUUUACGUGAUGCAUCCGAAGGGCUGAUGGAUAAAACGAACGCUGUGAUUAAAAAGUUAGAUAGUAUUUUAAUGACACGAUCUUCAUUUGAUGACAGUUUUGGCCAAGUCACUCAAUGGUUAGAGGAUACCAAGUCCAAAAUGGUACCUGCAUAUGAAUUGAAACCAACAUUGAAAGAAAAGAAAGUAAGUCUUCUAUUCUAUCGCAAUCUUCUACAAGACGUCACUUCCCAUUCCCCGAUUUUAAAUCAAUUGAAAAGCAAAGCUUCUCAGAUCUCAGAUGCAGAUGCUGCAAGUCGUUUAGAUUCUAUUUUGAAUGAAUACAAUGAGAUCGUGAAAGUUAUUUCUGACACUGUCAAAACUUUAGAAAAACACGUGGCAAACCAUGAGUCUUACAAUGAGUCUCUAGAAAAGUCGAAAGACUAUUUGAGCACUUUAAUCUCAGAAGGUUCUGCGGCUGACAAAACUUCCUUAGAAUCUCAUCUGAGUGUGAUAGAAAAUUUAAUGGAACAAAAAGGUGAUGGAGACAGCCUACUAGGCAAUUGUGAAGAAAAAUUGAAGGAGAUUUUGAGCGAGACUGAACCCUCCGGGCACAAUGUUUUAAUCGCAGAGCUUGAUGAACAUAAGAGAGCCUUCCAGAAAUUCUUCGAUGAGUGCACCAAAAACCUGUCAGAUUUACAUAACUCACAGCAACACCAAAACAAUGCCGAAACUAAGUACAAUGACUUGUUGAACUGGCUGAAAGAGUGUGAAAGUCAAAUACGUGAUCCUACUCUGCGUACGUCCUACGAAACAAAAAUUGCAUUCCUUAAUAAAGUGAAAGCUUUGGAAAAUGAGAUCAAUUCAAAAUCAGACGAAUUUGUUCAGCUGCAGAAAGAAAUGUUGGAAGCAGACCUUAAUUUCAGUGAUAAAAUAUCAAAGCUAAUGUCUCGAUACCAAUCUCUGCGUAAAGGCUGCAAGGAUACCAUUUUAAGAUAUGAACAAUUUUCCAAGGAACACUUGCAGUUUGAUGAGGACUACAACAAGUUUAACGACUUGCUGAAAAAGCUGCAAGCAGAUCUUAAGGACUGCAGUCAAAUAGUUGGCAACUUAGCUGUUUUACAAGAAAGGCAGAAGAAAAUGAGGGAAGCAGCAGAAGUGAGGUCACAAGAGAGCGCAAAUUUCGAUAAAAUAAUUGAUCUAGGUGAGAAAUUGUACGUUCAUACUUCCCCUGAAGGCCGAGAGAUAAUUCGUCAGCAGUUGAAAAACUUGAGGCAGUUGUGGGACGAUAUAUGCGAGCAUUUGCAAGCUUCCACCAGCAAGCUCGAUCAGUGCCUUUUGCAGUUUGCAGAGUUUUCUGUUGCUCAACAGCAGUUGACAAAAUGGUUGAAGGAUGUUGAGAAGUCGAUGCUCCAGCAUACUGAGUUGAAAGCUGCUUUGCAAGAAAAACGAGCUCAGUUACAGAAUCAUAGCAUCAUGCAUCAAGAAAUAAUGUCUCACCAAAGCUUAGUUGAAUCCGUCUGUGAAAAAGCUCAGCAACUCGUAAAUCAAACGAAAGACAAGUCCUUAAAUACUUAUCUCCAGUCCAUCAAAACACUUUUCAAUAAUAUAGUUUCAAAAUCUCAGGAUCUACUGCAUAAUUUGGAAGAAAGUGUGCAAAAACACAGUCAAUGGAAAGCUGAGUGUGAUGCGUAUCAUGACUGGUUAAGUAGCGAGAAAGAAAAGCUUGAAGAAUGUGAUAAUACUACAGGAGAAAAAGUGACCCUCAGCCAAAGGAUGGGCGUCAUCCAAAAGUUGAAAGAAAAAAUCAGUGUUGGAGAACAAAAGAUUUCUGGACUGGAGGCCCUUUCUCAAUCAGUCAUCAAAAGCACUUCGAAGAAAGGCAUUGACACUAUCGAAAAAGAGCUAAAGGAAAUUAAAGCAUCCUUGCGGUCUUACUUGGAGCAACUAGAAUCUGUCAGCAAAAAACUAGAAGGUGUAUUGGAGCAAUGGGCUGAGUUCGAAGAGCAGCUAAAUCACCAUGGCAAGUGGUUCCGCAACACGGAGGCCUUAUUCCGAGAUGAGCAGCUGCAGGCAACACUGGAACAAAAACAGGAACAAUUGGAGAAGUACAAAGAAAAAAGGAACAUCAUCACCAACAAAGAGAAGGAAAUUGAUGAAUUUAUUGACAAAUCCCAUGCUCUUCUUCAUAUAAGUAAUGUUGAAAGAAUGAAACCUCAAAUCUCCCAGAUUAGCAAUAAAUAUCAAUCCUUGCAUGUCAUGAGCAAAGAAAUUAUCAACCGCUGGCAAAGUCUUGUCGAUGGUCAUCAAAGUUACCUUGAUAAAUUGACAAAAACGGACAAAUGGCUAAGCCCACUGGAAGAACAGCUUAGUCAGUUGAAAAGCAUAUCAGUUUCGAAUUUUGAAGCCAAGUCGAUGAAGCUGCAAGCAUUGAUCCUUGAAAGGGAACAAGGUGCUCACAAAUUGGCGAAUUUAACAUCAGCUGGAGAAAGGCUGUACCCAGACACAGCAGCUCCUGGAAGGGAAACAAUCAGACAUCAACUCAGAGAAAUUCGUGACAGAUGGGAUGCACUUGAAGAAGGCAUCAAAACAGAACAAAAGCAACUAGACACUCAAUCAUUGCAGUGGAAUAGCUAUCAAGACAUCUUGUCGCAAACGGUGGCAUGGCUCGACAAUGUUGAAAAGUCUGUUACUUCAGAAUCAGGAGCAAGUCUAUCUCCUCAAGAGAUCCGGUCAAAAUUGCUCAAACUUAAAACUACAAUGCAAGAGGUCCAAUCUCACAAACGUGUCAUAGACGUUGUUACCGAGAAAGCGCAAGUAGUGUCGCAGCAAGGAGAUGCAGACUCAGUGCUGUCAAUGAUUAAGUCAGUUUGUGAGCGGUACGAAAACUUAGUCGACAAAUUACAAAAGUCCAUUCGCCAGCUUGAGGAUUCAUUAAAUGCAUACCAAGUAUUCCAAGAUCUACAAAAAGCGCACCAAGACUAUCAGAAACAACUUUGGGAAAAGCUCUCAGUUUUCACAGACUACAGUGGAAACAAACAGCAAUUAGAAGCAAGACUUGCUCGGAUUCAAAACUUGCAAGAGAGUCUUGUGGAAGGAGAAGGAAAAUUGAAGCAAAUUGCAGAUCACAUAGAGCAGCAAAGUGGAAAACUCCCAAAAAGAGCGAGAGAGGCCAUGGAAAGAGAUUUCGCCAACCUCCGCUAUGACUUUGAUAAGUUCAAGAAUUCUUUGAAAGAUGUCGAGCAGGGCUUAACAAGCAAGUUGAGCCAGUGGAGCGAGUAUGAAACGUCACUUGACAAACUUUUCAUCUGGUUAUCUGAAUCAGAGUCUCUACUGAAGAACUAUCAGCCAGUCUCUAGUCUUGAUGAAAAAAUUGAACAGUUGGCAAAAUAUCAGGACUUCUCCUCAGUGAUUGAGCUGAAGAAUAGAGACCUUCAAGAAUUAAUAAGGUUAUCAGAUCAUCUGGAGCAAUCAAUGCUUGUAAGUCUACGCCAAAAUGAAGCAGAACUAGAAAAAAUGACAGAUGGCUCAUCUGAGAUGAGCAGGAUCAGUGGAGAACCGAAACUAUCGGCCACAGUUCAGCGAGUGACAUCACGUUUCCAAUCCAUACAGUCUACUUGCAAGGAUGUUGUAAACAAGUGUCAGCAAGCUGUUGCCAGUCAUGAAGAGUAUCUGGAAAAACUUCAACAGUGUUCCAACUGGCUGAGCUCAGCGCAGACACGUUUCCAAAAGUGCUGUCAACCCAAUCCAAAUAUGGAGCUCCAACAAGAUCUUCGUGCUCGCUGUGAUGAAUUGGGUGCAUUGCUAGCCUCAAAACCAGAGGCCAUGGUGUUGUUGAACGGUUGCAUUGAAGCAAACCGGAAGCUCUCUUGUCAUAUGAAUGAAGAUGGCAAGGAAUCAAUUCAAAAUGAACUUGAGGAGAUUCAACUUGCCGUUGAAAGUCUUUUCGAUUCAAUUGCUAGCAAUGAGAGGCAAUGUAAAACGAAGCUAGGGAGAUGGAGUAAUUUUGAAGAUUGCUGUGAAACUCUCAAGAAAUGGUUAAAUGAAGUGGAGUCCACCCUACCAGAGCAUAUUGUUCUCAGAGCUACGCUUGAUGAGAAGAAAGCCCAACUCCAAUCAUAUCGCUCCAUACUGCAUGACACUCAAGUGCACCAACAAGAUAUUGGACGUUUGAAUGAACAUGUAGAGCUUCUGGCAGACCGUAAUGAAACAAUCAAUGUCCAGCUGAAAGAUUUAAUCAGUAGACACGCAAAAGUGUUGGAGCGUGCACAGAACUUUGUCGUUGAAUAUGAGCAGAUUGUGAGCUGCCAUCAGCAGUAUACUAAGGCGGUGAUGGAAGCACAGGAGUGGUUGGAGCCAACCCAAAGUCAAGUUGCCCUUUGGGGAGAUACUGAAAUCGAGCGCAUCUCUUUGCUCAGCAACUUGGAGCGGCUAAAGCAUUUACAAAAGAACUUGCCAGAUGAGGAGCAUCGUAUUCAAGAAAUUGCUUUGCUGGGAGAGAAAGUGUUACCAGGAACUGUAAAAUCUGGUCAAGUCAAUGUUCAGUCUCAGAUCGACUCAUCACAACAGGAAUGGCAGAGCUUAGUCUCAGCUGUUGAGUCAUCUAUUGAAUCCAUUGAGGCAAAAAUUCAGCAGUGGAAUGAGUAUGAAGCGCUGAAGGACAAAUGCUUAGCAUGGCUCAGAGACGCAGAUAGUACACUCCAUGCGAUUGAUUUAAAACCAACCUUGAAGGAGAAAAAGGAACAGCUGAAAGUUCUGAAGGAUUUACAAGGUGAAGUAAGAGCCAAAGAACUGGAAAUUGAUGCUGUCACAGAAAAAGCGCAGCAACUGAACAAAACUCUCGUGACAGGUCGAUCGUCUGUGGUGACUGAGCUGGGACACAGUUAUCAUCAAGUGUCUUUCAAAGUUAAGGAGUUGUAUGGACGUUGGAAACAAUACGUAAACUCUCAUUUGGAAUUCGAAAAUCUAAUGCGUGAAACUAAUGAUUGGCUUGAGGGUAUUGCUAGCAAACUUGAGUACUGCUCUGAUUUGAGCGCAUCAAAUCAAACAGACUUGGAAGGCAAACUCACAACAAUCCAGAAUCUGUUACUGUAUCGUGACGAAGGUUUCAGUAAAGUCCAGAAUGCAGUCGAGCUUGCCCAACAAGUUCUUGCAAACACUGCUCCUGAUGGUCAUGAUGAAAUAAAUCAGUCUCUUGCUGCCCUCCAAAAGCAAUGGAGUUCUCUUGCAUCGAAAAUGAUUGAAGUGAAGGCUAUCUUAGGGGAUUCAAUCCAAAGGUGGUGCGGAUUUUUGGAACAGGUUCACCUGUUACAAAAAACAACCGACUAUUUGGAGAGUAUGCUGCCUGAAGUAAUGGAUUUCAAAUCUAAUUUGGCUGAGAAAAAAACCCAACUUGAAAAAAUUAAGCAUCUUGAGGAGAAAGUCAGGUGUGAAAAAAUUGAAGUCGACAGUUUAAGAGGGAAGGCCUCAGAAAUGCUAUCUCAGGGACAACAGAGUCAAAUAGCCUCUGAAUAUCACCAAAAUCUAAAUAAAUUUGACAACCUCAGCCAACAAAUUAAGGGUUUACUCAUUGAACGAGAAGAACAAUUUAAAGAACACCGAGCGUACAAGCAAGCCUACGAUGAUCUGGCGGCUUGGUUAUCUCGUUCUAAGGACAAAGUAUCAGCUAUGAGACAACAGCAACAGCAUGCGGUCAAUGAUAACCUCGCCAUUGAAAAUGCCAUCGCUCCGCUUGAAGCUUUACUCAACAAGCAGGCUCAAGCAGAAGUUUUACUUGAGCAGAUGCGCACAGCAGGUCAAGUAACAAUUGCAAGCACAUCGCCAGAUGGGCAGGAAAUCAUUCUGGAAGAAAUGACGGCUUUGUCUGAGAAAGUACAUGCAUUAUUUACUGACGCAAAGCGAGAAAAAAGUAAAUUAGAAGGCACUUUGGUUCAAUGGCGAGAAUACAAAGAGGAACAUGAGCAGUUGUGUGACUGGCUCCAACAGAUGGACGUUCAUGUAAAGGCGCAGAAAACAGCCCUUCUCUCCACCCUUCAGGAGAAACAAAAGCAGGUUGAAGACAUCCAGAAAUUGAUAAAGGAGCUAGAGGCUGGUCAAGAGCGAAUUAACAAACUUACUCAAACAGCAGAGCCCCUCAUGAGCACCCAGUUGGAGCCGUACGUCAAGGAGCAGCUUCGUCUUUUCAACUCAAAAUAUCAGAUUCAGAUCAGUCUUGCCAAAGAUGUCCAGAGGAAAGUGAAAACCAACCUUGAACAUCAUGAACAAUACACAGAUAAUUUGAAAAAAGCAACAGCAUGGAUUGAUAAUGCUAAAGAAGUGAUGCGGCAGUGCAGUGAAACUACUCCAAAUUGCAGUCGACAAGUUCUGCAGUCAAGACUUGACCAGAUUCAGGACUUGAUCAAGAAGCACGAAGAGGGUCAAAACUUGAUCCACCUCACCAUCAACUGUGGCGAAAAAGUAAUGCGCAGCACUAAAUCUGAUGGCCGGGAUGCAAUUAGCGCUGAAAUGAAAGAAUUACAAAGCAAUUGGGAUCGUCUUGUGCGGAAAAUGUCGACCGUCAAAGUCCAGCUGGAGACAAAUCUUCUUCAAUGGGCUGAUUAUAGUUCCUCGUAUUCUCAAUUAGAGCAAUGGCUCUCUGACAGAGAAGAAAAAUUGCAAAAAGUUUGUGAAACCAAGGCGCCAAAACCAAGAAUGAGUGCUGGCACCUCUGGGCGCCUUUCAACAACCCCAGGCAUAAGUCAGUUAAGUCUCGGUGAAAGGAAAGCCACUUUACGUCAGACCAAUAGUAUUGUCCAAGAUAUUGUAUCCUUUGAGCCCAUGAUUCAAUCGGUAACUCUGAAAGCAGAAGACUUGCAGCAAGCGGCUCCUGCAUCAGAAAUCAUGUCCAAGUAUGAGACCCUCAGCAGGAGUGCCAAGGAGUUAUACGAUAAACAGAAGGAGGCCGUAGAACAACACCAAGCAUUCAUCGAUGCUAGCAAUGAAUUCAGCCAGUGGCUGCGCGCAGCCAAAGAAAAACUCAGCAAGUGUUCAGAACCAAUUGGAGACAAAGAAUCAUUAACUUUGAAAGUUACACAGCUCACCGUUGUUGAAAGUGAACUGAAGGAAGGACAAGAGAAGUUGGACAAAGCACUUGCGAGUGCUAAGGGAGCCCUGAAUUUUGCCGAUGAUGAAGACAAAGAAAUAAUUGAGGAAGAAGUUGCGACACUCCAAGAUGAAUUUGACAGCUACUCUGAGUCGAUCAGCAAAAUCAGAGCCGCUCUAGAGGAUGGAAUUGUGAAAUGGACAGAAUAUGAAGAAUGCUUCCAAGAAGCCAGUGACUGGCUAACUCACACGGAGCAAUUAGUUCAGUCAUAUAACAAGUUACAGGAUAGUCUGGAGAAAAAGAAAGACCUAUUGGAGUCUUUCCAAGGCCAGCUUCAAACUUUGUUUGACUGGCAGAAAGAGCUGGAUAAGUUGAACAGCAAAGCUCAGAUCCUGUUGGAAACUUGUGCAGACACUCGCAUAUCUAAUGCAGUGACUCAACUAACGACGAAGUACAAUGCUUUGCUAUCAUUAGCCAAAGAAAUGAUGAGACGGCUAGAGCUUUACUAUCAAGAACAUCAGCAACAAACCACCCUAUACCAAGAAUGUCAAGAAUGGGUCGAUAAAACUCGGCUGAAAGUGAAUGAAUGCAGAAAGAUUCCAAAUACUCUGUCUGACGUCAAAUCCAAGUUGGAAACUGUCAAAGGAAUCAGGACUAGCUUAGAGCAAGGUCAAAACAGGCUGCGAUAUGUUGUGGAGUUGAAAGAGCGUGUCAUUUUAAACACGGAACCUCACGGAGCUAUCAAAAUUCAAGAGGAUACUGAUGCAUUGAAUGCUGAUUUUGAGAAGUUGAUCGCUGAUGUUCAAGAUAUUCGUCAAAUCUUAACAAAGAGAGCAGCUCAAUUGGAGGAUUUGAACAAAUCGGUGAAAAUCCUGUCUGAAUGGCUUGAAGAAAUGGACUCAAAAGUCAAUGAAAAAGAUUUCGUACAUCUGAAUGACUUAACCGAGAAAAAAUCAAACCUUGAGAAGUUGAAAGCUUUGGUUUUAGAAAUUGGUUGUCACGCAGAGCUCGUUGAAAAUUUGCAGUCACGUCUUAAAGAGGAUUCUACUUUACCAGCCGGGGAGUAUGAGCCCUUAUUUACCAAAUAUUCCAACAUUCAAGAUUUUGUGAAUAAUCUAGUCGCAACAAUCGAAGGCCAAGUGAAAGAACACGAGGAUUACCAUCAAGCUUACUCUGAAGCAUGCGACUGGAUCAGAAAGACACAUAUUGCUGUCCAAGCCUAUGCAGACUCCCAUGGGGAGAAAAAAGACGUUGAAGAGAAAUUGAAGAAAGUUGCAGCAAUUGAAGCCAAAUUUGAUGAAGGGCAAGAUUUAGUUUUCAAGGCCAACAAAAACCUAGUAUCAGUUAUUCAAAUUGCUAGUCCGGAUGGUCAAGAUAAUUUGAAACAAGAAUUCAGCCAACUCGAACAAGACUGGGAUGCUUUGAAAACUUCGACAAGUGAUACUAAAAAUCUCUUGAGCCGCUGCGCAGAUGCGUGGACGGAUUACAAUGACCUUUAUGACAAAAUAAAAUGUUGGAUUGAUGAGUUCGAUAAAAAAGUAAAAAAAGAAUCGGAGACUGGAGGCGGGAAAACUCCUGAUGACCUUGAGCGAUGUCAGUCACUUUUGGAGGAAGCUGUGAGCAAUCAAGUUGGUAUCGAAGCCCUCGCUGACAGAUGUGAGACCUUGGUAGAUCUAAGCGCUUGCGGUAAGGUCAGAGAUGAAACUUUGAAGUUGCAGACAACCUACACUGGUCUUUUGACAACAAUUCAAGGAUUGGUUUCAUUUGUUGAAAAGAAUCUCUCCGAUCAUACUGAAUUCCUAAAUGAAAAAACUAAACUGGAGACUUGGCUUCAAUCAGCACAUCAAUCAGCAGCUGACUGCGCUGGCUAUGGGGAUUUGCCCUGGCUUAGAAGUAAAAUUGGGAAGAUCAACACUGUAUCCUCUAGCAUAGCUGAUGGUCAACAGAUGCUCUUCACCUUACAAGAAGUUUUCACAAAAGCAAUAAAUACAACUCCAGUUGAUAAACAAGAAGCUCUACGAGGGAACAUGGCAGACCUAAGAACAAGUUUAGAAAGCUUAACAAUGGAAGUUAAAGCAACCAGUGCUCAACUGAAAUCUGCUUUAAACCGUUGGGAUGAUUUUGCUGAAAAUAAAAACAAAAUGAAUUCAUGGUUGAAUACUUUAGAAAAUGCUUUUGAAGAGCAACCAGAAGUAAAAUCUGAACUUAAUGAAAUGAAGAAUCAGCUAGAAAGGUACAAACAUCUUGUCAAUGAAAUACAAUCCAAAGAAUUAGAUAUUGAACAGUUACGGAGUGAAGCAGCGCUCCUGUCAGAGUGGGCAAAGAACGACACCGCUGAAAAACAGGUCGAAAGUCUGUAUAAUCGGUGGCAAGUCCUUGCAACCGGUUUUAACAAACGCAAGUUAAGUUUGGAAUCCGAGAUCGAAGACUGCUCCGCUUACCAUCAUCUACUUCAAGAAACCGAGAAGUGGUUGCUGCAAGUUUCGUUCCAACUGAUGGGGCAUAAUUCCCUCCGCAUAAAUAACUUAGAACACGCCCGACAGCAGAUUGCUCAGCAUGACGUAUUGCUUGAUCAAAUCCAAAAGUACCAAACAGUCCUUGACGAUCUCAAAUCUAAAGGUCUCAUUCAAAUGGAGCGUUACCAGGAAUGUGGUCCAAAGAUCGAAAAACAACUGAAAAAUGUCCAAGAAAGCUAUAAUUCCCUACUACAAACAGCACUGCAAAUUAAAGGAAGAUUGGACGAAACUUUAGCCAAGUUCGAGCAGUAUGAGGAAAUCCUUCAAAGUAUUGCUGACAACCUUGACAUAUGGGAGCCCGAAGUAACAGAGCCUGCCAAGUCAUCUUCAGAUCUGAAUGAAGCAAGAGAAAAUGCAGCAAGGACAAAAGAACUAGUAGACAAACUUCAGGGAGAAAAGGCAAGACUUCAACAAGCCCUUCAGUCUUGUGAGGCUGUUGCUGUCUCUUCAUCUCCUCCCACCAGCCCUUCUGAUUCAUCACCUCCGCCAACAUCAGAGAAAGAAAUGGCUGUGCACGCUAAACUGGAGUCAUUUAUAGAUCAAGCUCAAGGAAAAUUAGCCGCAUUGACAGAGUGUUUGGCAGCCUUGGAAGAAGGAGCUCAGCGGAGGUCUAGUUUAAUCGAGUGGAUAUCAUCUCAAACAACAUCCGUCAACGACUGGAAAUCCAAGCCAUCAAAAUUAAGACCAGAAACUGCAAAGACUGAAAUAGCAGCCAUGAAUGAGCUGCUUGGAGCUAUCUCAGAAAAGAAAUUGGAAGCAGCUGCCCUUCAGGGUCCUGAGGAAGAUGAUAUUGAUUCGAAACUUGAAUCUCUUGAGCAAUUGCUCCUUAAUGUUCUGAGCAAGAAAGAAAAUGAUCAGAGUCUAAUUGCAGACUAUCGUAAUGUCGUCGCUGCCGCUCAGAGCUGGUUUGACUCACUGCUGAAGAAAUUCAAAGCUCUUGAAAAGGGUAACGGAUUGGACGUCAAGCAGAAACUCGCUACACUUGCCCAGAUUCAGGCAGAAUUUGAUACGGAUGCAUCGAAAAAAGUUGAUGAAGUUAAUAAAUUAGCAUCAAUGGUCAUAGAUGUUGUCAGUAAUUUGGACUCCCAGCAAAUCGAAGAACAGGUGAAAUCUGUAGAGAGACGGUAUAAAGACAUGACCAAGCGCUUCGAAAGAAAAGCGCAAACUUUAGAAUCAUUGAACAACAAUCUGGAGGGAGUAAAAAGUGAGAUGGACCAAUUGAAUACUUGGGUGAAAGCUCAGAUUGACUCUCACCAAAAUCCGCCUCCUUUUGGCUUUAAGCUCGAAACUCUGACUGAAUUGAUUCAAAACCACAAGACCUUGUUGAAAGAAAUCGGAGGAAAGCAAGCUCUCUUUGGCUCUAUCAAAAAGCGUAUCAAAGCAAUAGAAGCUGAGCUAGAGCAGUCAGAGCUGAGGGAUUUGGAAAGUGAUCAUAUCCAAGUUUUAGAAACUGCUAUAAAUGAUUUGAAGUCAGUCGCCAAUGCUCAAUUCCAGAAAAUGGAACAAGGGAAAGAGCCUCGCGCAAAAUUCAAGGAAAGUCUCAGUGCGAUCCAAGAAUGGUUGAAACAAAAAUCAAGAGAGGAACUUAUCGGAGCAACAGAACCACUGAAGCAGAUUGUUGCUGCUGUUCAUCUGAAACAUAACAAAGAAUUUGAGUCUCAAGUAGUUGAGUAUAAAAAUUCACAUCUCGUACCUCUUCAGAAACAGGCAAAUGUGCUGUCUAAAGAAUGCGAUGAAAGCGCUAAAGAAGAAUUGAAACAAAUUGUAGACGAUGUCAGUAAACAGUUUGAUGAUCUUGAGAAGGCUGCAAAAGAUGCAGUCGAUAAAAUGUCAGUUGUCGUGGAAAACAGAUCACGAUUUGAAAAAGAUGUAGAUGAGUGUCAAGAGUGGCUGAACCAAGCAGACGUAGCUCUUUCAACUGAUGUCAGGACCAAAAAUCUGGAUUUAAUUCAAGAGCAGCUGACUAAUUAUGGCAAACUAAAUGAAGAAAGUGUAAAGUAUGCCAACUUCAUCAGUGAAUUGGAAGCAAGAAGUGGAGAAAUGAAACUGAAUGAGCCUGAUAGGUUACUAGUCGCAGAACAAAUCUCUCUGCUGCAGAGUAAUCAAGCUCGAAUCAACGCGCUUAUCAAAGACCGCCUUCUCACACUCGGUAGCGCUCUGGAAAAAUGCAAACAAGCUCACGAGAAAGUCAAUGAAAGUGUCAAACUGUUUAACAGGAUCCAAUCUGACAUGAAAAACUUGUGCCGGCCAAUCAGUCGCAAUGUAGAAGACGUCUCAGCUUUAAUUAGUUCAUAUCAAAGUCUUUUAGAUGAGCUGAAGGCAUGGAAAAAUGGACUCGGCGAUUUAGAGGGCAUUGUUGAUUUGCAGUCCAUUAUUCAACAACAGGAGGAUAUGAUAAAGCAGAUUGAAGAUCAGAUUGCUCGGCUUAAACAAUUGUUGCUUCUGAGAGAGCAAUUUAUUGCUUUAAUAGCAGAUAUUACCACUUUCAUUACAGAAUACACCCCCAUUAUAAAGAACAUCGAAACGUCAGGACUUCCUGUGCAGGACCGCAUCAAUAAGUAUGAUGAGGUUAUUGCCAAAAUUCAAGAAUGUGAAGGCACUUUACUUGCAGCGACUGACAAAGGUGAACAGAUUGCCAAAGAUGGAGCUGCAUCAGAUCGCAAUAGUAUCACGGAUCAACUUCAUGGAUUGAAGCAGCAACUUCUGACACUUCGAAAAGCAGUUGAGAAACAGAGGCAAGCUCAUGAAGAAACAGCGGCUGAACAUAUCAAACUGAAUUCAGAAGUGAGCUCAGUCCUGGACUGGCUUCAUGCGCAUGAAAAUGAAAUCAAAUCCCGUCCUCUUCUAAAUUUGGCAGUUGAGAGUGUAGAAGAAGCGCUCAAGGCUCAUGACAUCAUGGCAACUGAAAUCCAAUCAUACUUAGACCGAAUUCAAUCCAUUGAAAAUUUGGUCAAAAAUGACGAGGGGCUUCCCAGCAGCCUAGUCGAACAACUCAGUGAAGCAAAAUCAGUUCUAGCGGUCUAUCCCAAAGAGUUAGAAAUGAGGAAAAAAUAUUUUGAGGAUAACUUAUCGUAUCGAAACGAUUUCUUUUCAUUGAUAAACCAGUUUCAUGAAUGGAUUGAGAAAGCUCAAAAGAAAAUGGAUCACGGGACGGAGAAGAUCGAUUUUGAAAAUAUUGCAGCUGCCUUGGAGGAGCAUGAGGUCUUCUUCAAUCAAGAAAUGAACACCCGUAAUCUGGUGACUCAAGAUAUUCAAAAAGUUUCUGACCUUAUCUGGCCAUCUUUGCCGAACCUGGAGCAAGAGGAACUCCGUCAAAAGCAAGAAAAUUUAAUCCAGUCGUUGAAAAGUACUCAUAACCUUGCAAAAUCUAGUCAAGCAAAACUUGAACAGAAUGCAGAGCUAUGGAAAGAUUACAUAGAAUCCAUAAAAAAAGUUGAAUCUAUUCUCUCAAGAUCUGAAUUCAAGGAUGAGCCAGUUCACAACCUAGCCGGAGUCCAUUUCAAUGUACAAAAGUUAACACAUGCCUUAAAUGAUGUGCAACACCAGCAGCCGGAAAUGGAUCUCUUACAAGAACGGGCAGGAGAGAUAAAACGUGAAGCUAAUGAUUCUAGCAAACAAUCGGUCGAAAAUAAAGUGACUGCAUUGAAUGGUCAAUGGUGCGCUCUAUUGGAGGGUUUGGAAGCUCGCAGAGAAACUCUACUAAAAUUGGCUCAGCACUGGGAGGAACUUGAGACGAAGAUGCAACACUCAAAAUCUGAAUUGAUGAAUUGCGAAGAAAAACACAAGCACUGCGAUCCUGUUGUUCGAUCUUAUCAACAUGCAAGCUCAUUGAAACAAACUCUACAGGAAUUGUUGGCUGAAAUGGAAACCUUCGAACCACUUUAUCAUGAAAUCAAAAAUUUGUCAACACCAGUCGUUGAGUUUCUGAAUGAGAUAUCUCCUGACGAUGCGGAAGAGUUAACUGCCAAUAUUGAAACGCUGCAUGCAAACAGCCAAAUAUUGGCUGAACAAGUGAAGAGCAAACUCCAAAAAGUCUCUGAAGCAGCUGAUAAAAUCGAAGGCGUCCAAAAAGAAAUCCAGUCUCUGAAAGAAAGCAUCUCAGCAUUAGAAUCUCAAGUUGAAAACCUCUACGUAUUUGGUGAAGAUCAGUCAAAGGCAGAAACAGAUGUACUUGAACUAGAGUCAGCCGUAUCUAAUCUCAUUCAACAAGUUGUCACUCUAAGUUCAAACACAAGGGAAUCUUACGAAAAUUCUGAGCAACUUCUACCAACGGAUUUAGCUCAAGAGCUAACAUCCUUGGAAUUACUAUCCGAGAAUCUUGCCAGUAAGAUGGAAGAGAAGAGAAAUGAGCAAAAGAGGGCCAGAACUGUCCGAUCAGAUUAUGAAACAGACAUCAAAGAUAUUCAAAAUUGGAUAUCUGACGUAGAACUCAAAAUUGAUGACACAUCUGUCGAACCCCUCAAACUCGAUGAGUAUAUCAAGGAGAUCUCUCCUCAAGUUUUAACUAUGAGUGAUAAACUGUCAAAUGCCAAAAAGAAUGGUGAAACUCUUGUGAAGAAUAUUCGUGAAGAGGAUAAGAAAGAACUCAUCCUCUCCACUUUGAAGCAGAGAACUGAAGAUUUUGAUCGAUUGAAGAGUAAAAUUGACGGCAAAAAGCAGCUGCUGGGAGGUGCCCUGGACUCAUGGCAGCAUUUCGAUGCACUCUACAACUCAAUUAUGAAAUGGAAGGAAGAAAAAGUGAAGCUUUUAGAAGAGAAAUUUGAAUUGAAAGAAUUGGCACAGGCCAGGAGCAAGCAACAGCUGUUCUCUACGGCUGUGAAGUCAUGCAAGGAAGUAGCCAAGCAACUCGGUGAAAUGAGUACUGAGCUCGAAAAAAUCAAGAAAGACAACAAUUAUGGAGAUCUUAAUUUGAAAUUGGAGCAAGCUGAGAAGGCAAAAACGGAAGUAGAAGCUGCUCUUUUGAAAAAGCAAGGACUGCUGAGUGAAAUGUGUGAAGAAUGGGAUCAGUUUGACCGCAAACUGAAAGAAGUCAAAAACUUCAUCAAUAAGUCUCAUCAAACACUAGAAUCUAGCCCCAAUAAAAAACAAUCUCUGCGUGAGCAGCAUCUGAACUUUGAAGAAACAAGGGGAAAAAUCGCCGGUCAAAGAUCUAAAAUCGAUACGUCUUUGGAUAAAUUGAAGGUUCACUUCAAAUCUACAGAAAAUUGCGAUGAGGUCGUGACCGCAGCUGCAUCCGAUCUGACAUCCGAUUUGAAUAAAUUAGAAGCCUCCAUUCAAGAUCGUGUUAAAAGUCUAGAAAAAACCCUAAAUCAAAUUGAAAGCUAUCAAAAGGAAAUUCAACAACUUCGUCAUCUAAGCAUUCAAGUAGAGCAAAAGCUGAGGUUGGCUAUGUGUCCAACGCAGUUAGCGCAAGACAGAGACAAAGCAUUGGAAGAACAGAAUGGCCUUCAAAACCAAUUGGAUGAAAUCAGUAAAAAAAGAAAUGACUUUAUGGCAAUUAUCAAACAAUUAGACCCAAAUUUUAUCGAAUCUGCUGAUGAGGUGAUAUCUGCACCAAAGUCUCCGAAUCAGCAAAACGCAUCUGCAUUAUAUGAUUCUGCUGCAUCAGGGAAGAAACCAGAAGAACAAGGUAAAACCUCAUCAUCCAAAGCAAAAUCAGAAAUAACUGCUCACUCUGGAGAUUUAGUCAACGAAUCCAAGCAGUCGAAACUGCCUGAUCUGAGCAUCGGUGUUGUUGCGCCUGAUCAUGGAAAGUUUGUUGAUUUGUCUCAUUCUACAGUAGGCAAUGGUGAGCAAUUUUUGGACCCUCGCUCCAGAUCCAGGAGAUCCAAGAGUCCAAUCUGGAUUCCCAACGAAUCGGCAUCGUACUCAGAAGUUUUACGGUCAAAUCCAAGCUCAAGGGAGCCUAGUCGCGAUCGAACUGCCUCGAAACCGGUCAAUAACACUGCUUCCUCAAAACAACCGUCAUCCACAGAAGAAAAUCGUAGUUUGCUCCCUCAGUUCAAUCAAUACGAUGAUAAUUUACUCUCUUUUAAAGUACCUUUUGCUUCAUCUAAAUUAUUUGAUGUUCCUCAACAACCUGAUCCUCUUUCUUCUACUGAAGCGCUCAUUAGAUCAGAAACCCAAGAAAAAUCUGGUUUUCUCAGCCAUGCGUUUUUUCAGCCUUUGGAGCCUUUACCUUCACUCACAAAUAUUCAACCUAAUUUUGAAGUUUAUCCUCAGGCCCAUAUAGUUGCUGAAAAGUCUAAACAAGAGACUCAACAAUGUGAUCCUAUUAAAAAUUCUGAAUCCUCUCCUAAUUCAAUUAUAUUCAACAGUAAUGCAAGGAAUAUUUCAAAAGAAUUAUUGGCCAAUUCUUCAAGUUUCGGUGAGAAGCCGCAUGACAAGGAGCAGGAAAAUGUUUCUAAAAAAUUGAAUGUCGAUGCUUUGAAUUCAGUUGCGGUAGCAGCCAAAGAAAAUACUGCAGUCAGCAAAACACAAGAAAAGAAACUUGCUAACAAGGAGUCUUCAUCAAAAAAGAGUCAGAAAGUAGAAGCCGCUAAAAAUGUGGAUUCGGCUACCAAUUCCUCAAACUUCGAGACAAGUAACAUCAAAGCCCCCGCAAAUAAAAAGCAGAAGAAAAGAAAUGCACCAGUAGAAAUUUCUUCUGCUGACAAGGCCUCUAAGUCCCCCGUAUUUAAAGAAAGCAAUAUUAACAGUGCAGAUAGUCAGUCAGACAAACAAGUCAAAUCUCCAAAAGCCUCUGAGAAAGAUUUUGUGGUUGAACCUCCUUGCAAAACCUUGAAUGAACUGUUGCCUGGCAACCAGAGUUCACAGGAAGGUGCUAAAAUAUUGAAUGGAAAAAAGAAUAAAACCCAGAAAAAGAACCAACAGGACAACUCUGUAGGAAAUGCUAGCAAUAAAAUCUCUAAAGACACUCCUGAAAAUAAAUCUCAUGAACAAAAUCUUAAAAAAGGCGCAGAUGUGUCUGCUAACCCGAAGACGAUUACAAAUGUUUCAACUAAAAAUGAAGUGGGGAAACCUAUAAUUGACAAAAGUGUAUCUAGUGAUAAAAUGGGUGCAAAAAAGCAGCAAGUCCAGAAGUCCUCCGGUGGCAGUGAUAAGGCCAAGUCUGAGUCUGAACCAAAAAUUAAAAACCAACCUUCAGAGAAAACGGUCACUCCCUCUUCUCAAAAAACUGAUGCCGAAGAAAAGAAUGUCAAAGGCAAGAAUGUGAAGAAACAAGGUAAUGAGCCUUCAAGUAACCAAGUGAAAAAUGCAAAUGCUAAAACUAAAGGAUCAAAGACCUCAAGUCAGGAAAAACUUGACAAUAGUCAGGAUAUUGAAAUCCAAAAGAAAAAUGACAACCAAGUUGUGGCCUCUUCUCAAAAAACUGAUGCCGAAGAAAAGAAUGUCAAAGGCAAGAAUGUGAAGAAACAAGACAAUGAGCCUUCAAGUAACCAAGUGAAAAAUGCAAUUGCUAAAACUAAAGGAUCAAAGACCUCAAGUCAGGAAAAACUUGACAACAGUCAGGAUAUUAAAAUCCAAAAGAAAAAUGACAACCACGUUGUGGAAUGUAAAAACGAUAGCAAAAAAAGCAAGAAUUCUAAGAAGAAAGGAAAUGAAACUGGCAAAAAGCCGACACCAAGUAGCGCUACUUCGCCCGUUGAAGAAGUAAAAUCAAAUGAUAAUGCUGUUACCAAAAGAUUGACAGGUUUUGAUGAAACAGCAAAUGUCUCAGAGGAAAAUUCCUCCAAGAAAAGGAGGAGACGUAGAGGAGGGAAAAAAGAAACUGACAAUUUACAAGAAGCAAAAACUGCUGAGACUGAAUUCUUUGCUCCUGUUUUAAGUGAGAAGGGAAGUGAAGGUAGUGCCAAAAAUGAAAAGAAAAAGAAAACCAACCAAAGUGAAGAACAGAAAAAAAUUAGCAAGCCUGAAGAGAGAUCGAUUAAUCAGCCUGAGCGUACUUCAACCAAAAACAAAAAGAAUAAACAAAAGAAAGAUGCUGUUGAAAAAUCAGAAGUUGCAAGUGAAGCCUUGCCCACUGUCCAAGAAAAUGUGGAUUCUAUUACGGAAGAUGGUGAGAGAAAGGGGAAGAAAAAAAACAAAAUCGCUCAAGAAAAAACUCUGAAGGACGAAGGAAAAUCCACAGCUUCUAAAACCUCUCCAAAUGCAAAGGAAAAUGAUUCAGAAUGUGGAAUUGGUGUUUUGCCCUCCGAGACACAAGCUCCAAAUGUAAAUGAAAAUGCAACCGGCUCUAAAAAGAGUAAAAGAAAAAAUAAAAAAGGAAAGGCAUCAAAAGAUGAUUCUGGAGCUCAGCCCGAAAUUCUUGAUACAGUAAUUGAGGUCAAAGACCAGAAUAUGAAAAAUAUCAAAGAUAAAGCUCCUCAAGAGCCACUUUCUGCAGACAAAGAUUCACAAAAGAAAGGACAAAAAUACAGCGACCCAAAAAAAUUAGGAACUCCGGAUUUAAAAGCACCAAAUGAUAAUCCAAAAACAAAAGAUCAAAAGUCCUCCAAGAAUGAGAAGCAGCAGGAUGCUAAAGUUUCGGUAAAAUCGGAAAAAAACCAAACUGUUGAAGUUAAAAACAAGAAAGACCCUAAUAUACAAAAAUCUAGUAAUCAGCCUAGUGCAAGCAAAGAAGUUGCAACAGAAGAUAAGCAAGAGCCUCCAAAGAUUAAAGAUUCCUCCAAAAAAAAUGAGAAAAUAGGUAAACCUACUGUUGAUGGAAUGAUAAUGGAAGGUUACUCUUCUAAUCAGGUGCUGUCUUCUAAACAAACGCACAUUGUUGCAACUGAAACGUCAGGAAGUGAAGCUAUCAUUCAAAGCAAUCAAUCUAAAGAGUCAGAAAAACCUAUUAUAGACAAUAAAAAGGCUUCCCAAUGUCUCAUAGAUCAAGAAGUACAGCCCAAAUUCAUAUCAGAAAUUCAAGUAACAACUAACAAUGCUGGGAAAAAUCUAUACAAACCGGCAGAAAAAUUAAAAAAGCAAGAUAAGAACGACAGGAAACAAGGUCAGGCACAUAACGAACUUGAAGAAUUUAAGAAAUUAGAAAGUACACAGAAUAAGGAAACUAUCAUCGGUGAAAAUAAAGCUUCCAAAGUCUCGAAAGAUAUCAAAGCAAUGGCCACUCAGGAAUCAAAGGCGGCUGAAAUAAAUCAAAGGAAAGCAGAGAAACAGCCAAUCAAACAAGAUAAAUCAGAAUCCGCACAGGUUGAAAACACUGCAUUUAUUGCCCUGCAAAGUUGUCAACAAUCAUCUGAUACCGGUGAAAUUGGACUGAAGGUAUCGUUAGAUAAAACCCAAGCCAACAAUAAAAAAGAAUCUGGUCAAUCAAAGAAAACUGAAGAUGCUCAGAACGCAAAAACUGUUCCUGAAGCUGAAAUCAAGCCAUCAACCAAGACUGAUACACAGUUGUCACCAAAGGCAGGAAAGAAACAAGUCAAGGAUCAGCAACAGCCCAAAUCUGCAGCCAUAAAAAAUGAGAAAACCACUGCUGUAGCAGAUACUUCCAAGCAUCCUUCAGGAACCAGCAAGAGAGAAUUGAAAGAUGACGUCAAAACUGACAAAGCUAAAAGUGAGACUCGGAGAGAAUCUGGUGCAUCAAAGAAAUCUGAAAGUGCUGAGAUUUCAAAUACUGCUUCUGAACCUAAAGAUUCUGAGCCAUCAAAAGCAUCUACAGGAACUGUUGAGGAGGCUUCAUUAAAGGAUGGACAUAAACCAGUCAAGGAUCAACAACAGUCUGUUAAAUCUGGAAAAACUUCAGCCGCUCAGAAUGAAGUAACUGCUGUUACCAUCCUAGACAAGCAAGCAUCAGGUAUCGCACAAACUAAAUCAAAUGUUCCGAAUGAAAAUCAGAAAAAGACUCAGAAAGAACCUGCUGAAUGUAAGAAAUCGGCAAGUUCUGAAGAUAAAGUAUCUAUUGCCGAAGAAACUCAAGUCUCUAAAUCCACAGUAGAGGUAAAGGGAGUAAAUGCCAAAUUGUCUCAAAAGGCAGGAAAGGAAGAAAGUAAAAAUCAAAGACAGCCUGUGAAAUCGGAAGAAACUGAAGUCUCUUUAAAGAAGGAAACUGCGGUAAUUACUGCCCAAGCCCUUGAGCCGUUAUCAGAGAGUAAUGACGGUAAAUUGAAAGCACUGGAAAAGUCAGAGAAGAACGAGGGUAAGCCUAAAAAAGAAUCAGCUGAAUUUAAGAAACUAAAAGGUGUUGAAAACAAUAAUACUGGCAAUGAAGCUCAAGUCUCGAAACUCUCAAUGGAGGCAGAAAAAGCUGACUCAAAAUUGCCACAAGAGGCUAAAAAAGAUCCGAAAAAGGACCAAAAACAGCUUGCAACAUCGGAAGAAAGUGUAGUAUCUUCGAAGGAAGAAACCUCCGCCAUUGAUUCAAAAACCUCAAAGCAACCAUCAGAAAAAACUGUGACUGAAUUGAGUUUAUCAAACAAAAGUGGCAAAGAUGGAAAAGAAGACGAGACCCUAAAAGGACCUGCUAAAUCAAAGAAACUGGAAGAAACGCCAGACCUCAAAGCUCCCAGCAAUGAAUCCAAAGUUACCAAACGAGAAGCUAAGCAGAAUGAAAUUGAAACGAAGAUCUCUCCAAAGGGUGAGAAGAUUGAAGAUAAAGCUGAGCAGCAGAUUGUCGCCUCUAAAAAAACUGCCAAACAGAAUGGGAAAACUACUGUAUCUGAUCUGACAGAUCAGAAAAAAACUGAUCCAAAACAAGAUGGGACGAAGAAAGAACCGUCCGGACCAAAGAAAUCAGAACCUGCUAAAAAUGAGGGUGUCAUUAAUGAGUCUCCAGUAACCAAGCCAACGAAGGUGACAAAAGAGACAGAUUCAAUAGAGAUGCAGAAAGCUGGAAAGAAACAAGAAGGAAAGGUCGAGAAAGCUCCUGCUGUGCAAACCCCUCGAAAAGAAACCAAUCAAAUCAAAUUAGAAGCUCAGGAUGGCACUGAUGGUAAAAAAAGUGAGAUCAGGAAAGAACCUGCGGAAUCAAAAGAAUCUGGAGAUGCUCUAAACAAGAAAGUUUCUAAUGAAGCACAAGUCAUCAAGGCAACAAUAGGAACUAAAGAAGGUGACCCGAAAUUGCCACAGAAGACUGAAACGAAGUCAGGUAGAAGUCAGAAGAAGGGCGGCAAUAAAUUGGAGGAGACUGAAGCUGCAAAAACUGCAGUUUUGAAGAAGGAGGAGAAUGCUGCCACUGCCCCACAGACACUCAAGGAACCAUUAGAAAUCAUUGAGACUGAAUUAAAAGAUUCAGGCAAAACUGGCACAAAACAAAUUAAGACCCAAGACAAAAAUAGUGAAUCAAAAAAAGUUGAAGUUGCUCAGAACAAGGAACCUACGAGUGAGGUUCAAAUUUCCAAGCCAUCAACCAAAGCGAAGGAAACCUCACCAAAAGUGCCACAGAAAGCUGCGGGGAAACAAGAUAAGGAGCUGAAAGAGUCUAAGAAAGAAAUAGAAACUCUGAAGGAAAAAACUCCUGAAACUGUUCCACCAACGUUUCAGCAACCCCCAGAAAAUAUUCAAACUGAAUUAAAGUUGCAGAAAGAGCUUGAAAAGAAAGAAGGUAAGACUCAAACCAAAUCAAAGCAAGUUGAAAGUGCUCCAAAUAAAAAAGCCAUUAUUGAAGCGCAAGUGUCUAAGCCAGCAGCUAAGACUGAAGAAGCUGACACAAAAAUUCCUGAAGACAAAAGUCUAAGCAAAGUUGAGCAGUCUUCUAAAUCAGAAAAACUUGAAACAGCUCCCAAGGAAAAAACUGCCUGUUCUACUCCACAGAUCACCCAGCAAACAUUUAAAACUAAUGGAAAUGAGGUAACAGUAAAUGAUAAUAAGAAUGACAACAUUAAAAAACAAGCUACAAUGCAGAAAGCACCUGCUAUGUCUAAGCAAUCAGAAGAUACUCCUGAUAAGAAACCCGUUGAUGCUGUAACUGAAAUGUCAAAACCAUUAAAGGAGGUAAAAGAAACUGACCUAAAAGAACCACCAAAAACUGGGAAGAAACAGGGUAAGGAGAAACAACAUCUAGAUAAUCUUGAAAAAGUGCAGGAAGUAAAAACCAAUACUAUUGCACCACAAACAGCUGAGCAACCUUUGGAAACUCCAGUCUCUAAAUCUAAACUUCAAGGUGAAAUUAAGCAAAAACAAGAUCAAACUCAGGAAGAACCAACUAUGUGUAAGAAAUUAGAAGAUGCUGUUGACAAAAAACCAGUUAUUGAUGAAAUUAAAGUUUCAAAGUUACCGACGGAGAUGAAAGACAAUGACUCAAAAAUGAUCCAAGAAGGAGGGAAGGAACAUGGUAAAAAUCAAAAGGAGCCUGCCAAUUUGGUAGAAUCCUCGAAAAAGAAAACUACUGUUUCUCCCCCAAAAACUGUCGAACACUCAUUGAAAACUGAAUCGCCAGCUUUAAACAAGACACAUGCUGAUGUAAUCCAGGAUGAAUUUAAAAAACCCAAAAGUGCCCAAGAAAGGGAACCGAUUGCGAAAGAAGCGAAAGACACAAAAUCAUCAAAAGAGGUUAAAGAUUCUGACACCAAAGAGCCACAGAAAGUUGGAAAGAACCAAAGUAAGGACCAAUGUCAGCGUACCACUCUUAAGGAGACUGAAAAAACAAAUGUUGCUGCCCAACCAAUUGUCGAUCGACCUUUGAAAACAGAAUUGAAAGUUUCAGACAAAACUGGUAGCCAAAGAAAUCAAAACGAACCCCAGAAGCAAACAGAACAUUCCAAGAAAUCGAAAAAUGGUCAAGACCAAAAUCAAGCCGUCAAAAAAGAAGGAGUCUCUAAGGCGCCCCAGGAGGCUGAAGAAGCCGAUAUAAAAAAGUCAGAAAAGACUGGAAAAAAGCAAGAAAAGGACCUGAAAAAGCCCUUUGAUUUGGAAAAAACUGAAGUCUCUUUGAAAGAUAUAUCUGCAGUUUCUGCUCCGCAAGUCACUGAAGAACCAUUGAAAACUGAACCGAAAGUUUUGAAGGAGACUCAAUCGGACAAAAAACAAAAGGAGACACCGAAAAUAGCUGCAGUAUCAAAGAAAGCUGAAAGCACUAAGGACAAAAAAUUAGCAAUUGAAGAAACUGAAGCCCCAAUAUUAUCUGAAGAAGUGAAAAAACCGUCCUUGGAGAAGCCACAAAAGUCUGAAAAGAACCCAGCUGAGGUCGGAAGACAGCCAGCAAAUUUGGAAACAAUCGAAUCAUCUUCGAACAAGAAAAACAAUGAGAAAACUCCGCACAUUACUGAGAAAGCAUUGAAAACUGAACCAAAAGUUUUGAAUGAGACUCAAUCGGACAAAAAACAAAAGGAGACACAGAAAAUAGCUGCAGUAUCAGAGAAAUCUGAAGGUACCAAGGAUAAAAAAUCAGCAGCUGAAGAAACUGAAGCUCCAAAAUUAUCUAAAGAAGUGAAAAAACCGGCCUUGGAGAAGCCACAAAAGUCUGAAAAGAACCAAGCUAAGGUCGGAAGACAGCCAGCAAAUCUGGAAACAAUCGAAUCAUCUUUGAACAAGAAAAACAGUAAGAAAACUCCGCAAAUUACUGAGGAAGCAUUGAAAACUGAACCAAAAGUUUUGAAUGAGACUCAAUCUGACAAAAAACAAAAAGAAACACAGAAAAUAACUGCAGUAUCAAAGAAAUCUGAAGGUACCAAGGACAAAAAAUUAGCAGUUGAAGAAACUGAAGCCCCAAAAUUAUCUGAAGAAGUGAAAAAACCGGACUUGGAGAAACCACAAAAGUCAGAAAAGACUGAAAAAAAGCAAGAAAAGGACCUGAAAAAGCCCUUCGAUUUGGAAAAAACUGAAGUAUCUCUGAAAGAUAAAACUGCAGUUUCUGCUCUGCAAGUCACUGAAGAACCAUUGAAAACCGAACCGAAAGUUUUGAAUGAGACUCAAUCGGACAAAAAACAAAAGGAGACACCGAAAAUAGCUGCAGUAUCAAAGAAAGCUGAAGGCACCAAGGACAAAAAAUUAGCAGUUGAAGAAACUGAAGCCCCAAAAUUAUCUGAAGAAGUGAAAAAACCGGACUUGGAGAAGCCACAAAAGUCUGAAAAGAACCCAGCUGAGGUCGGAAGACAGCCAGCAAAUUUGGAAACAAUCGAAUCAUCUUCGAACAAGAAAAACAGUGAGAAAACUCCACAAAUUACUAAGGAAGCAUUGAAAACUGAAUCGAAACUCCUUGGCAAGACUCAGACCGAUAAGAACUCCAAGGAGAUGCAAGAAAAAAGCGCACAAUCCAAAAAAUCUGAUGGCUCCCAAAGUAAGGAAAUAGUUGUCAAAGAAACAGAAGUUUUGAAGUCACCGCAGUUGGUUAAAGAGGCUGAUCUGAAAAUGUCACAGAAGGUCGGAAGGAAGGAUAUAAAGUUAGAACCAUCACCCACCUCCAAAAAAGCUGACGCAGUACAGGAUGAUAAAACUGCAGUUAGUUCGUCACAAACCUGUGUUCAAUCAUCCAAUACUGAAGAAACGAAACUGAAAAAACAGGAAAAAGAUAUCAAAAAGCGGGACAUGACUCAGAGUGAAUUAAAAAAAUCCACUCAAACUCAGAACGAUGAAAAUGAAGCUGAGAAACCUAAAAAUUCUGAGACUAAAAAUACCGUCAAUGAGGCUGAAAUCUCCGUGCCAUCCAAAGAAACGAAAGGAUCAGAAAAUUCUAGUGGAGCUCAGAUUAAAGGAACUCUCAUGCUAGAGGCUCUAGUCUCAACUGUACCAAUAUUGACUAAAGAACCUGCCUCUCCAGAGAAGAAACCUCCAAAAAAGAAUUCAAAGGAUCAGAAACAGUCAAUCAAAAUUGAGACCUCUAAAACAGCACUGACACCGGAACGUAAAGAGAAUGUCUCUAAAACAACGCAAGAGGCCACAGAAAAGGUGAUAGAAAAUAAGAAACAAGUUAUCCAGUCAACAAAAACCAAAGAUGAUCAAAUUAAAGAUGACUGGAAUGCUCCAAAAUUGCCGGAGGAACCUCAGAAAACUCCAGUGAAGGAUCUAAAACAAUCAGGCAAGCCUGUAACUACGAAGGAAGAUCAAAAUAAGAAAUUGAAAGAUGCUCAGAAGAAGGAAACAACAGUUAGUGAAGAGAAACUUCCUGAGCCUGGGAUGAAAAUCAGCAAGUCAGCCUCGAAAGCUGCUGAAGAAUCUGAAAAAAAGCACGACAAAGAUUCGAAGCAACCUGCUAAAUCUGGAAAAACAGUAGAUUCGCAAUGCGAUGAAACCACCAGCAAGACACGAUCAGAUGUAUCUAAACAUGAGGAAGAGAUGGGGAAAAAACAGAAGCAAUCGCAGGUAUCCAAGGUCACGAAAAAGAAUCAACCGGAAGAACAGAAAAAUUCUGUCACAAAAGAAAUUAAUAACAUCGCAAAAGAAAAUACAGCUAUAAUCAAUACACCAGAGUCCCUUAAGACAUUGGAAGAGUCACCAAAGAGUCUCACUAUUGCAGCAGAAGAGGAAAAAACAUUAGUAACAGUUUUGACGACAUUAUCUAACAUAGGAAUCGUAGAUGCUAAAGAUGUCAAUAGCGCUUUAAGUCGCUCAGAAAAAACUGAGGAUGUAAUUGAGUUUGAACUCUCCUCUUCAGGUGAAACUAAAGAAUUGAGGAGCAGUAGCAGUAUGAAAAACCCUGAUCUACCGAAAUUAACUCAUGUAGCCAACCCCAAAUCUGAAGUUGUUGAAAGCGGAAGUUCUGUGAGUGUUUCCAAAGAAACCAACAAGGAGAAAAAACCGGAUAACUCACCAGAAGCAUUUUUAACAAAGCCCCAAGACGCUACAGAAGAAUCCGUUGUUUGUCAAGUACCUGAUAAGGUGAUAGUUUCAGGAUUUACCAAUGAGCUCGAUGGUAAGGUUAAGGCUCAACAGCCAAAUAAAGACGCACCUGAAGUAAUGGCUGUUGGUAGUCAGAUCAGUCAGGUAGAAGGCAGUAACGGAGAAGUUGGAUCUUCGACAGUCAUUAAUGAUAUUCAAAAGUCGAAGGAAAGUAAAGUUACAGAAGUCGAUGCAUUCAAGCAUCACAUUGAUAUAGAAAUUGAGCAAAAGUCAACUCCAGGAGCGUCUUGCAAAGCAAAAAAAGAAAUUGUCGAGCGUAAAAAGCCAAAAAACGGGGUAUCUGUUGCUGUUCCUAAAUCGACGGAACUUGAAGGAACAGCAACAGUCAAAACUAGCACUGUUAGCUCUACUAAAGUUGAGAUUCCGACUGCUGUAGCGAACAUAACUCCGUCUAAAAUUGAAAAACCUGCGUCAGAUGGGCAAAUAUCUGACAGUACUAAAUCUCCCGAAAAGGUGAAGAAAGUUGAAUCAAAGGUUUGCAAGGUUUCACCUAGCGCAGCAAAGUCCUCUCCUGAGUCCACUGCCCCAACAAAAAGUGAAGUCGUAGGGAAAUCUGAAGGAGGAAAAUUGAACAGUCCGAAUGAGUCUCCAGCUAGCGUGAAAACCACUGUCUGCUUCCCUGUUUCAGCUUGUAAAUCUGAGCAAAAAAGUAAUCUCCAGAAACAGACUGUUAAAACUUCUGGUAAUGAUAGCAUUAAAGACCAACCUCCAACUCCUGUCACUUCGAAACAAGAAAGUUCUUCCGCGCCAAAAGGCUCUCCAAAUGUCAACGAAGGCAAGUCAGAAACAUGCGCCAUGAAGCAAAUUAGUCUUCCUAUUGAUGCACCGUCUUGUAAAUCAAAAAAAGAAAAUACCAAACCAUUAACACAAAUGAAGGAAAUCUCUUCCUCUAAAGCUGGUUCAAAAGCAGUAGAAGUUGAUUCCUCCAAAAAAAAUCCAAGCAAUUUGAGUAAAACUGUUGAAAAGCAUUCUGAAAAUAGUAAUAAAAUUCUGUCAUCUCAAAAAGAAGAGAUGAUCAAGGAAAAUCCAGAAGUUAUUAAAACUGAGAUUAUCAUUCCUAUUGAAAGUAAAUCUAAGAAGAACAACAAAAAAGAACCUAAAAAGAUGACUAGCAGUAGUCCUAAGGAUCCACUUGUAAAACCUGAAGCAAUUUCAGUAAAAGACUGUGAGAUGGCUCAAACAAGAAAGGAAACUGUAGAUAGCAUUACUUCGCCAAAAGUUGAAAAUGCUACCAAACCGUCACUUGAACAGGAUUUGAAAAAAACCCAAGUAUCCAACCAAACUAAAGCUGCAGCCCCCAAACCAUGCAAAACGUCUAAAGUAUCUAAUUCUAAUGCUCCUAAAUCUUCCAGUUCAGCAAAUUCUGGUGGUCCAACAGCUGCUACCGCUGGUACGCUUUCGGAGAAGAAUUUGGUAGACAGUGAAAAUCGUGAAAUCAAUUACUAUAAAACUGAAGUUGUGCUAGAUGUGCUACCGUGUACCGAAAUUGACGAGAAUCCAGCAGAUGAAUCUGAUUGGCAAGUUUGUUCAAAACCAAAAAACAAGCGGAAACCCAGGAAACAAGAACAACAAUCAACUGAAAUCAAGGAAGGAAAUUUAUCAAGCCCUGCUGUAGAGACAACUGCCCCACAGGUGACAUGCGAAGCACCCUCCUUAGAGGAGAUAUCUCUCAAAGAAUCAAAGUGUAGUUUGUCAAACGAAGACUCAGUCAAAAAGUUAGAUGAGGUCAAGCAAAAAUCUUCAGGUCCAUCCAAAAAACUUGCACUAGCAACAGAAGGUAAACAAAUCGUAGAAUUGAGUGAGGUUUCACAGUUAAAACAGAAUGUUUCAAAGGAGAAAACUAGUCCAAAAGUUGUUUCAAUGCCAAAAAAAGUUGGCGGUGAAAUUGAAAAAACAGUUUCGGAUAAAGAUAAAAAGUCUACUCUUGCGGAUCCAAAAACACCCUGUAAUAUGGAAAUAAAAGAUGAUGAUGCAAGAAAAAAUUCUAAAGGAAAACCUCAAGGAUUGAUUCCUAAACAAUCGAGCAACAAAUCCGAACAAGCCGCACUUUCUUCAUCAUCAAAAGCAAACGUGACAAGUGUUGAAGAAACGAAAGAUAAAAAAUCCUCAGAAGAUUCUGCCUGGAAAGUGAAUGUGUCAGAAAAUGUCACCUCUUCAAAUGUGGAUCCCAAAUGUUCUUCAAAAGUUACAAAACAGAAAGGCGCCCCUGCUGAAAAGUCAAGUGCAAUCCUGAUUAAGGUUGAAAAAUCGACAGGGUCCUCUCAGAAAACCAAUGGUGUAAAAGUUCCUCUCAAAAACAAUACAUCAGAAGCGCAAAGUGAGGUUGCAAGUGUCGGCAAGGUAAAUACCACCAUGAAAUCCAACAGUAAAACAAAAAAAAUGGGGCAGCAAACAACAAAAAUAGAUCAGCACCCAGUCUCCCCUGUUCCAGCAACUUCGGCUAAGAUAGCAGAAAAGGAAAAGGCAGCCUUAAGUGGGAUUCCCUUCCAAGGGUUGGAAACAGCAUCAGAAAAGAUUAUCUCUUCAGGAACCGAAGAAAGCUCAGAUUUCUUCGAUAUCGAUUUGAAUUCUGCCCAGCCUUACAGCGGUAAUAUUUUAAGCGAUGAAAUGGUUAAAGAUUUUGAAAUCGUUGAGCCAUCAUUUAGGACAGAGGCAGAGAUGAAAAUGGCCUCUGAAAUGUCCACUGAAUUGAGCUUAAUGGAUGUUAACAUGCAAGCCAUGAAUGAAUCUAUUGAUUUUUUACUAGAUGAUAAAUUCGAAGAUGAGGCACCCUUAGCCUCCGACUCAAACAUAUUUUUAUCGGACUCUUUACUUGCAGAUAGUGUUCAUUCAAUUUUAAGUCCGGUGGACAAUACUUGGAUGAAACAGACUUCCCUUUCAGGAGAACAAACUGCAAUUAAGGACGUCCUGUUAGACGGGUCCAUCAGUGCCCCUGGGAAGAAGAAGCAGUUGAACGUCGCGGCAAAGGAAUUUGUACCUCGAUCACAAAUGAAUAUGGCUAGUAGUGUUCCCUUAUCAUUAGAUAGCAUUACUCAAGAUGCUAUGAACAUAGGGAUCUUCGGCUCGGUGAAAGAACGCGGAAAGAGUGCGAAAACAUCGAAGAUUCAAAAGCCAAAGGAGGAGCCAAGCUCUGCCUCCAAUGGAACUGCCACUGGAAUGAAUGAUUCGGAAACUUCUUCCGUAGAUCAAUGUGUCAACAUUGCAUCAAAGCCUGAUGCGCAGGAGACUGUGGAUUCCUCAGCUAAAUCUUCCGGUGGAAGCGGGAUUCCAACAAUUGAUGCAGAUGUAUGGGUCAAUAAGUGGCAGUAUGAUAAUGCGGAAAGAUUAUUCUUCGAAGCUCUUGCUCGAAGAGAGAAAGAUAAGGCAAAUUCAAGAAAUAAAACGAAAGAUGAUGAGGAUGAUGAUAAUAAUGAUGAUGAUGAUGAUGAUGACAAUGAUGAUAAAAACGACCAAUUCAACGCAGACGGCAAACCUCAUGGGCCUGCGGACAAAAAAUCCAAGUAUGAUGAACAAUCAGGAUCAAAGAACGAGUCUGAAUCCACGGACGAGCAAUCGCACAAAAGUUCGAACAAACGAGACUCGAUGCUAAGUCGCUUUUGCGUGCAAAUGGAAAAAUCUGUUGAUUUUAAGAGUCCAUUGGUUGCAAGUUUGGAGAAUAAUGUACUCACUAAGAUUCCAGGAAGAAAUCUGGAACUUAAAGAUGUAGUACCCACCAAUUUUGCAGAUUUUACUGGGGAAGAACUGCAGCAACUCUACUCUGUUUCUCAAGAUGCAGUAAAGUCUUUGCUAGAAAGAGAGCUAGCUACUGAAAAUUUAUUCGCUGAUGAUACUGAACAAGACGUCAAGGAUGAACUUGCUGCCGAAUGGGAGACACUUAAAUUAGAGAUAUCAUCAAUUUUAUCUGUUGCGGAAGCAGUUAAGUUAACCCUUGAUGAGAAACAAAAAUCUGCAAUGGACAUUGAUGAACCGAAAAUGGAAGCUCUGGUACUCACAGGAUCUCAGGUUGUUCCUACUGCAUCUUCCGAAGCUUUCGAAGUGCAAGGUCAACCCCCCUCUCAGGAUCAAGAAAUAGCAGAAACCAUGGAAGUAGCAGAUCCUGUGACUCCCCAUUCCCCAACUCAAUCUCCCGUUCCCUCCCAUCCAAUUUCUUCCCCUAUUGUGGGCCCUGAGUUUCCGUUUGGUGGAACCUACCCUAUCGAGAAGCUCGAUGAAAACACACUCGAUUCCAAUGCCUCUUUACUGGAUGAUGAAGUAGCUGGUAUUCCGUCUCUUGAAUUAGUUGAAUGUGCAAAAGAAGUAGGCUCACAAACAGGUCAGAGCUUAAGAACUCCCCCACCAGAACAAAAGAGUGUUGGUAUUCAAAUGUCCGAGCCGUCAAGCAUUCCGACCGUAGAUCUCCUUGAUGAAUCCACAGUGACUGAUCCAAUUUUCAAACAGAUUAUGAUCAGUCAGGUAAAAAAUGAAAAUGAUAAUACGAUUCAAAUUUCAACUGUGACCACAUUUCCCGAAGAUCAGAUUGAUAGUGUCAAAAUCGGAUUCGAGCGCAAUCCCGAUCAAACAACAAGCAUUCAGUAUUCUGAGAAAGUACCUUUCGAAGUGGCAAUUGCCGAACCUGGUUGGAGUAAUGUCUCUUUGACUCAUCACUCAGAUGACUCAUCUGUUCUAACUUUAAAGAACACCGGUGCUUUACCAUCGGAAAAUAUCAGAAACGAAGCUGCAAAACAGUUCUCCCUUGUUACAUUAGAAAGUUAUUUAGACACCUCUGAUGCCAAUGAAAAGUCUAAGUACUCAGGUCAAAUAACCUCCGGCUCAGUUGAUUCGGUAGUAUCCACUAAAUUUGAUCAUGCAACACCAGACUCGGAAGGACUGUUGAAUAAAUUAGAACCCUCAGACUCUGCUGGAAUUGCUACCAAAGUGGAACAAAUCGAAAAAGAAAUCAUGCUCAAAAAUAUUUCUUUUACCAUGCCAGAAAAGUCAGAGGAGCAAUUCAAAAUUUCAGAAGUAUCAAGCAGAAAAUUUACAGAAACAUUGCCAAAAAUUUCAAUCGAGGUUAAAGAACCAAAGGCACCUAAUUAUGAGCCCUCAGCAAGGGAUAAUGAGUCUCAGUCAGAGAUUAGCUUAUCAGAAUCGAAUGAAAACUCAAAAGAAUCUACACCUGUGACAGAGGACAAAGAGAGUAAUGUCAGUUUUAAGGGACCAGAAGAUCAAUCAGGUCAUGUAAAAGCCCAGAAGAAAGUUUUGAGUAAAAAGAAGCAAGUGAUAAAAACUCAAGACAAGGAGGCAACGUCAAGUGCUGCACCUUACUCUGAUGAUACUGCGGAGGAAAUUGUUCCAGAUCCAGACAUGUCAGUGCCCAAGAAGAAGGCCAAUCGGAAAAAAGGUAAAAAGUCCCAAAAGAAUAUUCCACCCCCUCGCGACGAAGGGCAAAUCUCUACUGCAGAGUUACUAUCCAGCGAGGCGAAGUCAACUCAGGCUGGGCCAGUCAUAAUGGAGUGCAGUGCUCAAACAGAAGCUCAAGAAUCAGGCGUAAAAUCGUCUCAAACAGAGGAAACAAAAUCUAGCCCUAGAGACAGCAAAGAUGAUGAGAAAGUCGAUGCUGAUACCCAAACGUCAAAGGCUGGAAGUACCUGUUCUACCCAAACAUCACCUGUUAAAAAACAGUCGGGUAUUGUUCAGACUUCACCAAUCAAAGAAGAGCCAAAAGUGAAGAAAGAGCCUAGAAAAUUUGGAGAGGAUACGGCUCCUCCAAACCUUGCACAUGGAUCAAGACAAGAUGAAUUUACAGUCACUAAUACAGUCUCAAUUUUGCAGGAUAAGUCAAAGAGGAAGAGCAAAAAGAGAUCUCGAUCCAAGAAGAGUGUCCCGUAUAUCAAAGAACCUCUAGUCAGCUAUCCAAUUUCAAAAGAUUCCGAUACAGAACAAGAUCCAAAGAGCUUAAGUCCAGACUCAAGCGAACGACAAGAUUCUUGUUUCACAUCAAAAACAUCUGUUAGAAUUAAUCCUGCUACCAGAACAUCAGAAAUCAUAACAGAUAUCUCACGACCAGUCGACGCCUCCGAAGUUUUUGUGGACACUGUCAUCGAUACCUCCAGGAAACCAUUUAUUUCUAACCAUCCGCAGGAAAAUAGGUCGAGAGAAGAUUACAGUAGUCUUCAUUCAGCAGAAAGCUUGUCGUUAGAAGAAGGUCGCUCACUCGAGACCUCUGUAAAUACAGUUGCCAAAGAUUUAGCAAACCCAAAACAAAUCGAUGUUUAUCAUGAGCAUAGUGGCUCUGGAUUGAAAGAAUGGGAAGGUGAUGUCACAAAUUUACAGUUGCUGGAAAGUUUGCCACCCCGAGGAGAACACUCUCCAGGGCCUCCUGAAGAUGUCCGUGCGAAAAUAGAAAACAAUAAUAUUAUUCAGAUUGAUCGCAGACAUCACACAGUUGAAGUUGAGUCUGAAGUCACCGUUCAGAAUGCUGAAUAUGGCUCAGUAGAAGCACCGUUAGGAAGAACUGCUCCUGUAAUGGAAUCUAUUCCUGACAAGUCGAAUCGGCCUGGAAUCGAUCCAAAUCUUGAAAAACAAGAUUCUGUGGCUCUCUAUGAUAAUUGUGGUCGAUCGAAACAAGAUGCUGAUGAGCUAAGUGCAGUAGUGCAAGAUCCAAAGGCCACUACGUUAAGUUCAGAGGCUUCAGUAGAGAGCCUCGAACUGAAGAAAAACACUAUAAAAAAUCUGAUAGAUGCCUUGAAAAUUUGCAAUCAGUUUCAGUUUCUUGGAUGUGAACUUCCAACAUUUCUUUCUGGCCAGCUGCUCGAUGCAAAUGGUGGCAAUGAUCUUGACCAUCAAGAUUUAAAAGAAAAUGAUGCUGUAGCAACAUUGUACAAAGAUGUUCAUUGCCUUUUCACAGAAUUACAAAAACUGUAUGCUCUGAUCGCUGAAUUGAAGAGUACUCAAGAUGAAGAUGAGAGGAAAUCCAGAGGUAAAAAAAUUGACUCUGCAAUCAAUGAGGUCUGUGAGAAGAAGACAAAGACUUUGAGCCAGAUUAGUUCAUUUGGAGACAAAAUUUCGACUGAUGAUGAAGAAACCCUCAACUCAUUUCUUGAAGAGUUUGAAAAUCAAAUGGAUCUUUUCAAAAACAAUUUGCAUGAGUAUGAAGUGGAACAGACUGAGAAAUCUCUGAAGCAAAAACAAUUUCUGGAUCAGGUGGAUUCAUUGAAGGAGCGUUUGGCAGGUGUCCAAAAUGAAAUUAAAUCUAUUCCUGCCAACAAUUUAACGGACCGUUCUGAGAAUGAUAUUGAUACACUUAAGGAGAUCGAAAAUGAAAUUACGAAGAUUCAGAGGGAUCAGGAAAAUCUACGAGAAGAACAGAUAGCAUGCAUCGAUCCCAGUACAUCAGCACUGAUUGCACUGAAUGAGUUGUCAGAAUCCAUCAAUAAUUUAAAGUAUGAACUAGAACUCAGAAAUGAAGGAACUCUAGAUUCCAUGCUUUCCUCAAAUGAGCUGGAAAAGACAGUUAACAGCACAUCAACAAUUCUAAAAGAUGUUGGUAGUGUCAUUCAAUCUUAUGAGCCUGUUUCCAACUCUACCCAACUUCAGGACAAAAUUGAAGUUUUUGAAGCCCUUCAAAUUCACCUGAAAAAGUGUCUGAACUCUCUAAAUUCUGUGAAAGCUUCAGCCACUCAGGAAAGCAGUCACCUCCCCGCAGAAUUAGAUGUGGUCGAAAACAACGUUGUGAAAAUGAUAAUGGUGGUAAAAGAUCAGUCUGAUCGAAUGGCCUGUUCUGCAGCUCUGUCAUCGGACUUGGAAUAUCAUCUGGACACUAUCAGCAGCUGGAUUGGAUCAGUCCAGAAGAAGUUGCCAGCAUCAUCAUCACUAACAGCUACAAACUACAAGCAGUUUAUCAGCUUAUACUCCUCAAUACUAGAAGAAAUUCACCCACAUCUUGCAGAUUUACCUUACCUCACUACGCCUAUGGUAGAUCCACAAAAGCAUUGUGACUCAAAAUUAGCUAUAGCAUCCGCUGACCUAGCUUUGCAAGUUUUAGACGUGUUUUACGAGGCAAAAUCGAGUUCACUCAUCCUCCAAUCAUUAGACCAGCUGUGGACACAGUAUAGUGCCAAAUGUGAUGAUGUUGAAAGUUGGUGUGACCAAAUGAACGAGACAAUGGGACUUGUAGAAUCAUUGAAAAAUAUUGCCUAUUGGAAUCUAAUUUCAGAGAGAGAAUUUCAUCGAAACCAACUCGACGAGGCCAAUUCAGUUCUUCACGAUGCCACUAGAAUUUUGUCAGAUGAUGAUGAGGUCUCCCAAAGACAAUUUUUUGCCCAUUUGAUGUCGAAAUGGAACCAUACAGAUUCAGAAUUAUCGGAGAAACUGCAUGGUCCAGAAUUGUUUCGAUCCAGUGUACCUAAUGCCUCAGAUACCGAAACACCUGUCGGUCUAUCGGAAUACAAAGGAAAAUUCAAUGAUUUGAAGUCUUUUGUCGAGCAGUUAUCAACACCGGCUAAGAAUCAGAGGGAGCUGGAAUUUCACAUUCAGCAGUUAAAGACAUCCUUGGACCUCUGCAAUGCUUUGAGAGAAGAGUUAUGGGGUCAGUUAAAUCCUUUGGACAAUAACUUUGACUCAUUUGAGUCUCUUCUAAAUGAUGUUAAUUCAACCGAAGAAACCGUGAAAAAUGAAAUAUCUCAAGCUGUUCAAAUUAUUGAAAAUUCUAAGACUAUAAAUUUGGAUUUAGCCAAAUUAGACUAUCAACAAAACCUUGUAAAGAAUAAUUUUGCCAAUUACAUCAGUAACAGUGAAUCUUUCGCCAUGAUAUUCACUAAUGUUCCAUUGGACCUGGAGCCUCUGGAAAAAGACCUGAAGUUAGAAGAAGAACUGAUCCAGAGUCUGAGAAAAUUGCGGAAUGCAAGUCCAUCACCCUCCAAUUUGAAAUUGCUCGGAAAAUGCACAGUUUUUGAUGACGCGGAGAAUGCACUGUCUGCCGCAGAGAAAACACAUCUGGAACUAACUUCUCAGUUCAAUGUGUUAAGCUCUCAGUUGAAUGAGGUCCAAGGACUAUCAACCAAGUUUACGCAAAUGUACGUGAAUUUGAAAAAUGCUUCCAAAGAAAUCCAAUCCAGUGUAUCAAUCCUCCUCCUGGAUUCCAACGAACAUGUGACGUUUGAAACUUUGGUGAACACCGUAGAAUCUCUUCAGGAGGCUGUGGAAAAACAAGAAGAAGGCGCUAAACUCAUCCCCGAACUAUCAGCAACCUCAGAGAAGCUAAAAGAAAAGAAAAACUCAAAGAUCAGGGAACGAAUAGAUGACUUGACGAACUCAGCAAUUGCUGAUUGGAAUAAUGCUUUGGAAUCAGCAGCCGCCGUAGUUCGCAAGUACAACCAUGCAGCAGAAACUUGGACUGCCCUCAGAGCUAUGUAUGAUCAAACCAAUAAAUGGUGUGACACUGUUUUAAACGAUGCUGCUUCUUUGAAAGAAUCACCCCCGGAUUAUGAAAAGGAGUAUUCUGAAUAUCAAAUGAUUCUUGAAAAGUUGACAAAAAUGAACGAUGAAAUAGCUGAGGAUAUUGGUUCGUCGAAUCCUGCGUUAUUGAAAAGUGACAUAGCCAGUCUGACAGAAAAAUUGACCAAAGUUCAUAGCACUCUCAUAACUCUGACUGAGGCAACGAAGGCAAAAGAAGAACUCAACAACCAGUUGAAUGAAACAAAGAGUUCUCUUGAGAGUAUCAAACAGAAAGUCGCAGCCAGUGGUGAAAAAGGUGAUCUCAAUGAACUUGGCGACCAUAUUAUUCAUCUAGGCGAGGUUUCCAGUCAAAUGGAUGUGAUUGAAUCAAAGCGUUCUAAAUUAUUUACCCUAGGUUAUGGCGAACAAGUACCAUCCACGAUGGAAGUUCUGGAGGAGUUCAAAGAUGUGUUUUCUAUUGCAUUCCAAGAGUACCAACAGCUGUCCUCCAAAUUAGUGCAAAGUGAAGCCAGUGCAUCUGUGCUGGAAUUAUGCUCGGAUUACCGAAAUCGAGUGGAGCAAUUUUUGACCUCUCCUCUCCCUUGCGAUGAGGCCUCUCUCCUCAAUUAUCAACACUUAUGCAAGGUGCAUUCACAUGUAUUGAAUUCACAGCGAUCGGUGAUCCUCCAAAACUUAAACAAACUAGCAUUGGAACCAUCAGUUGUAGAAAAAAUGAACAGUUUGUUGUUGUGUAUCCUCGAAAAACAUAAUCAGGUUAAAGAACAGUUGGACUUGUGGAGAAAGUAUCGGCAUGAAUAUUCUGUUUUUUCUGCCUGGCUUAAGUGUAUAGAAGAUGACAAACGCAGACUGAAGCUUGACUUCAUUCGUCGAAGACACCUGGAGACAACUCUCAAGGAGAUUAAAGUAUUAUUAAGCAGAAUAUCUAGUGACGAAAAAUGCAAGAAAUUGAAAGAGCAAUUGGAUAGAUUACUUCCAAGCUGCAAAGAGCCGGUUUCAUCUUCAAUUCGUGCCCAAUAUCGCGAGUGCACGGAUGAUCUCCAAACCACAGAAGCUAUGCUAAAAUCAUGGGAAGGCUUUUUUGAAAGAACUGUAAGCUCAAUGAAAAUGUUCGACGAAGGUGUUAGGGACAUACAGCUCUCAUUCUCAGAUGUUAUGAACAAAAUCAAUAGUGCUGACAAUUGUUCUUCCAUCGAUGCGCCAAAAAUAUUACAAUCAUUGCAGGAUCUAAAACAAAAUCAACUUCAAUCCAUCAGGGAAAAAAUUAGAAGUCUAGAAAGGAUUUGCGAUGAAGUUAAAUCUAAAUUCCACCCCUCCGAUUUGAAAGACCUGAAUCGUAAGAUCAAACAUUUCCUGCAACAGUACGAAAAUUUAAGUAAUCAAAUUGAUGUCCUAUGCUGUAAACUUAGUGAUAAAUUGGAAUCAAUCAACGUAUUCAAUCAAAGGUAUUCGAAGUUCGUCGAAUGGAAAGACAACUUUGACGUGAAACUGGGGAAGCUCACAUCUGGGUACAUUGAAGCAGAUGAAGCACUGCAGCAAUUAGAUUUGGAAUUACUGAAGCAUGUUGUGAUAAAAGAGCAAGAAAUCAAGUGGCUACUGAAGUAUGGAGCGGAUCUGUUGGCUGCUGAGCAAGACAAUCUAGAACAACAGGAUCCAGAUAAGUUGGCUGAAUCAAAGUCUAAGGAAUUGGCAAAUAAAAUGACGAAUAUUGAAGAUUACUGGAAGAAGGUUAAAGAUUUGACAGACACCAAAACUAAGAAGUUAAAAUCAAUAAUUAGUCAUAUGCAAAUUCUGGAAGAGAAAAUAACACCGUUGAAGAAAUGGUUUGACAAAAUCGAAGCUGAACUUAGCAUCAUUCCCUCUUUUAACGAUUUUAGUGAUUCCACCCUAACUAACAUUUUGGAAGAGCAUCAGAAAUUAGCACUAGAGGUAAGCCAGAAAGGAUCCGAGGUUGGAUAUGUGGUCAAUAUGUGCGGAUUGAUCAUCAGUGAGUGUGAUUAUUGUAACAUGUCAUUGAAUGCGAGCAAAAUCUCACCAGCUCAAGCUUUGGUCGAAGAAAGGUGGGCAAAUGUUGUCACAAGUCUAGCAAAUAGGAAGUUACAAAUUUCGGCUCGGUGGUCCAAAGUGCAAGAAUUAUUGUCAAGCCUAAAUUGCAGAGAACUUCCGCUAAGAACGCAGGAGAUGAAAUUCAAGACUCUAUCCAGUUCCGUAAAUUUUGCAGAGCUUAGUGAUAGAAUUUCUCAGAUUGAGUCUUUAGCAAUGGAUUUAGAAUGUUACGUCAAUGAAGAAAAGAUGAUAGAAGAUUCCUUACGAGGAUUAGCGCGAGAGAAGUACAUCGGCAAGUUAAAGGAAGCAGUUCAGCCUGUCUUGCAAAGAUCAAGAUCUUUAAGGGAAAAGGUUUACAACAAAAUCACAGAGCUGCAAGAUAGAUCCCGCUUAUUCAAUCGGUUCAGCGGAACUUUCAGUCAAACUCAAACCGCUCUGAUGAAACUUGAUGCAGAACUGGCAAGGAUCGAAUUCGGCAAAAGCACUGACCCAAGUUCCGAAUUUGAUCCUGUUAGGACUUUCCACCUUCUGGAUUUAGAAGCCACAAAAUCACUUCUCCAAGAAUCAGAUGUUGUAGGUGCUGAACUUUUAGAGGAUGAAAAAUUGAAGGAGAAUGAACUAGUUGUGAAAUCCAUGAUGUCUAAAAAUCAAGAAUUGUGGGAGAAGAUCUUGGAAAGGCACUCAAAACUGAAAAAUCAAUUUGGAGCGCUGUAUCCUCCGAGGCAGCUUGUAGAUGAAAGCAUACAAGUUGAAACGCUGAGAAUGGAAACAGACUCCAGUGUACAAGUCAACACUCUUCCAAGCAGUAUUUUACGACACCAAAAUUAUGUCAAAGAAUUGAAGUCUGCACUCUUAGAGUUUGAAAGUAACAUUGAUAAAUUGGAAGAAAUUCUGUCACAAAGUUCAGUUGAUGACGUGCCAAAUCUAACCAGUGAAUUACGAGUGGAAGCAUCAAAUGCCGUUGCCAGUUGUGAAUCUUCAGCGGAACUAGUAAAGCAUUUAAAUUGUUUAGCGUCCAAGAAUGACUCUUCUUACUCUCCACAAGUAGUAUUUCUAAUGAACAAGUUCAGCCGUUUGAAAGCAAAUCCUCAUAUUUUAAAACUAAAUAAUUUCAGUGACACGCAGAAAUAUAACUGUCCUGUUUGCUCCGCUGGUAGCUGGCAACAUCUAAAUUCCGAAUUAUGGAGAAUGGAAAAGUGGUUACAAAAAGCUGAACACGUUCAAGAACCCCUUCAGAGGAUUCCUUCUAACUUGGAAGACCUGGAAGACACAAUAGUAGAGAAUAAGAAAUUCUUUAUGUACCUGGAAAGCCACAAGAAUUUACUCAGAGGUCUAACUUUAGUUGGAUCCCACCUUGGAACCCACAUUGAACCUGAUUUGAAAACCGAAGAGUUCAAAGAAAAACUCGCUACCAUAAAUGUUCGCUGGAACAAGAUCCAAGAAAAUGCCUUAGCUUGGAAAACAGAAUUGCAAUCCGCUUUAACAGAGAAUGAAGAAUUGUACGAGAGUCUGCAAGACUGGGGACAGUGGAUGGAAAAAUUGGAAAAUUCUGUUCAAACGAUAGUACCAGUCGACCUGACUCAAGGAGCAAGUGUUUUGCUAGCCCACUACAAUCAUCUCAGGGACGUACAUCAUGAUCUGGACAGAUUAGAACCGCGCAUCGUAUCUGUCCAUCGUGUCGUUCAUGAGCUACUCAAAGAAUCCGAAGAUCACGUCCUUUACACCCAGUUGAGCGAGCUUCGCACUCGUUUGAAGACUCUUUAUACUAUACUCAGGACCAAUAUACUAAAACUCGGGUCCACUCUUGGUAAAGACCCUUGUGAAAUCAGGAGCGUCUUUUCUUCAGCGUCCCAUUCACUGCUUUCACUCUCCAAUGAGCUUUUGGAUGAGACAUCUGGUGAGGCACUUGCUAAUUCAGGCGGAAUCGACCAAACUGACGCAAAUGCAUUGAACCUCUCACAAAGUCCUUGGUUCCUGCGACGGCGAGUGUGGUGUGCAACUCUCCCAGUUCAGGCAGUCAUGCUACUCAUGCUCGCUGCAGCCGUCUUGAUACCUGGAGUCGAGGACGAUUAUCUGUGCAUAUUUUCAGGAUCAAUGGCUCGCAGUUUCAAUUUUCAUCUGCAGUACCCAGACGGAGCCCCACCUAUUUGAAGCAUAAUCUUUUCUCCGUUCAUCCUCUCAGGUUGUCAGUGACUUAAUCUUAUUGCCUUGUUACCUACUUAGUUUGUAAAGUUAAUCAUAAAUUUUAAGAUUUCUAGAUGUGAUACUACUUUAAAUCGAGUCUAAAAUUCUACUUAUAAGUUAUUAAAUGAGCUCAGUCAAGCGGCCUUACUUUCACCAGUUAUCAAUUUAUGAAAACACUCUUGAAGAACAAAAUUUUUAAUGUACUUAAAAUGUGAGUCUUUUUGAAAAAUUUCUCAUACCAUAUGAUUUAUAUAAAGUUUCGUAGUCAUGUAAACCUGACCUAUUAUGUUUGAAUUUUUUAAUUUGUGUAAAAGUAAAUCUGGUCAUCGGUUUUGAGUCAUUACGCUUAUUUUUCUAUUCAUUGUCUCUGAUAAGUUACCGCCGAGUCGUAUUUGUAGAAGUCUGUUUUUUCAGCUCCUAUUUAUUGCAAAAACUGUUUUCAAGGCUAGGAGGAAAUACUUUUCUUCUCUCUUUAAAUUUUUCUCUGUGUAUCAACAGAUAUCAAAAGUUCUGUUGAAUUGUUUUCUUGUAGUUUUAAUUUUUUUUUUUUUUUUUGCAGUCAGCUAUGAAAAAAAUUUCUGUGUAAUGCUUUGUCUCCUUGGGAGAAUUUUUGUCUCCUUUACUGGCAAACUGUGAGUAAAUAUGUGUAUGAUCAAGAUUUUAGCUCCUUUUAUGUUAGCUUCAACCAAUUCAAUUGAACUGACAAUACUGAUUUCUUUGAGCUAUUUUGGUCUAAGUUCGGAGCAAGUUUUUCCAUGGAGACAAAGCAAAAUUUGUAAUUGAUGCUUGUAUUUUUGAGUAGCAAAAGUAUCCUUUGUAUUUUUCUGCGGGUACAUCAAAUUCUCAAACAUGUUUGGUUUAAUCCUUUUAAGUUCUAUGGACCCGACGAUAUUUUUAUCCAUUUUUGUAAAACGACUUCUCCAAAAUUACAUGUAAGGAUUAUUUGCCCUUAAUUUACGAACUGCGAAGUGGCGGCUGGGGGGUAGAGUUCAUUACUAGCUUGGGGUAUUGCUAAAGGGUUGGAAUUCCGGUAUAUUCAAAGGGCUCGGGCGUAUGAAAGCCAAUCAACCCUUAAAUGAUAGCUCAAGCUACUCAUCUGACUCAGCCCAUCUGCCACCACUUUUUGUGUUGUUGACUACGGUCACAUGAUCCAUCUCACCAAUCAUUUUUUUCAGUAAUGCCAUCAUACAACCAAUCUAAGUUAGCAGAUAUGGUAAAAAUCAGUUUCCUAACUCAUUGUUAGUUUUGAUGACAGUAGUGAUUUCUGAUCAGUGUGCUCAAUACUGAAUAAGAAAUUGAAAAACCAAUAUUGACGCAGAUUCUGAUUGUGUGACCAGGACCCAUACGUGUGUUCAACUUAGCACAGAAAAGGUUUUAUGUUAAAAUCAUCAUCAAAUUUUUUCUCAUAACUUGGGAUUCUUACUGUAGCCAUCAGAAUUGCAAUUCCAUGUAAAAGAUACGUCUGAACCGUCAUUGAAUUCCUCACAGUUUUUCUAUUUACGGAUUUGUACCUCAAUGUAGUAACAUACAGAGUGAUCUAAAAGUCCCGCACGACCUCAAUAACCCCGAGGGUUUUUGCCCCAUUUUAUGAUGGAUCCCUUAACAUUUUUGGGGGUCUCAGAAAUCGUUUCUUCUGACCUCGGGGCGCUCACAAAAUUUCAAAACUCCAUCUUAAACAGUUCCAAAGUUACACCGAUGAUGUCUAAAGCAGGUGGUGCGGAAUUUUUGGAUCAUCCUGAGGAAAGGAUUGCUCUUAUGCUUAAGAGGGAAAUGAGGAAAGAGAAUUAAUAGGAGUACCAUGUCAGUAUACCAAAUGUAGGCUUCCAUUGUCACACAUACAUUAAAAGCACCAUGAUAAAAAGAAGUAUGAUUACUGCUACCUAUUUCAUUAUUCGCUGGAGAGAAGUACUGAUAAAGUUGAUUCCAAGGUUCCUUCUUUUUCUCUCACUAUAUUUUGUGUUUCAGCGAAUUAUUUGAUAUACAGUGUAGCUGUGAGCCUCCUCCUAACAUCGAACGCAGUAGUUUUACCAGAAUCCCUUACAGUACUCAUCCUUCGGUGGGUGCCCUCAAACACUGCAAUGACUUCAAUGACAUGUCCUUGCCGAACAUUCUAACCUUUCCUUUCUUAACAACAUCUAAGAUCAUGGCAACCAUCCAUCUGUAUCAAUGUUGGUAACCUUGCCUUGCAAGAGUGUGUGUUGUGUGCUGAGUGUUUUACACUAUUAAGCUGGUAGCUUACUUGCUAUCUGUAGCACUCGUCCCUGCUUUGUCUGCUGUCAAACGCAAAUUUGAGAGCUCGUCUCUCCAUUUACAGCGGGGAGCCUACCAUGAGGGGCAAGCUAUAUGACUUAGCACCGCACAUAUUUAUCGGCAAUAUCUACAUAACAGUGUUGGCAGCAGUAUUAUUGAUUUCGCAGGUUUCGGCCUUAGCUCCCUGUCUGAAGCCUGCUGUUCACUGUGCUUUUAAACUGUUCCUAAACUGGAACUUUUACUGUUGCGACAGAAAUUCACAGUUGGUUGAAGGUCUUUCUUCCUCUCAUUUUAAAAAGAACUUACCAGGAAAAACUACUGCAGGGUAUGCAGUGGACGUGGCUCAGAAAUGUUCCCCAUCUUUAAGCAGAAGUAAGGAUCAUUGGAAUUGACUCAUUAUUAGAUUCUUUCACUUGCAUGACAUUUUGAAUUCAAUCUUUCAAUGGAACUUUCAUCUACUUUAUUUCUCCUCUUCAGGGUUUUUAAUGUUCAGACUUCCCCUCUAUCAGUUUUAUGACCUCACCAGAUUGUCGACGAUACAUGGUUUUCUUGUCCAACCCUCCUUUUUUUCAAAGUUUGCAUACUCCAGCAUUUAAACGAUUGACCUUAGGCUCCGUACAAAGCCAUGAAUGUUCCCUAAAAAUUUUUUCCCUUCGGUCAUAUUGUUACUUUCUAAUUUAUUUAGUUACUUACAGUGGACUUAAAGUCUUGUUGUUUUGUAAAGUGUUAUUUGAAAGACAGUCUAUAAAUUUUGUAUGUUGAAGUUCUAUUUUUGUUUUGAUAUUUCUUUGUUUUAAGUUUCUAAUUUGUCAAAAUGUACCAUGCAUUCUAAUGAAUCGUUUGCUUUUCUUUAA